CGCGAUCGGCGGCUCAAGCUCCGCACAUUCAGUUCGUUUUCAGCGCGCGUGCGGUGCGGUUCUCUGCCAAGUGGGCUUCUCUCUGGACAGUGUGUUAAGUGUUAAGUUCAGCGCCAGCACUCCGGAUAGAUCAUCUGAGCGGAGAUCGUUGCCUUAUUUGAAUAGGCGGGGAAUCUAACAUCCAUCGCCUAAUUGCAGUGAAAGUUGCCGGGCAUUUUUCAGCUAUUUUACCCUGUGAAAAUUCCGAAAAACCAAACGCGCGCAAAGCAAUCCAAAGUGUUCAAAAGAAAAGCAUUAAAUAUUGUUAAGUACAACAAUACGUUUUAAUAAAAAUAUUCCAGUGUCUGUGAGUCUGCCAAAGCCGUCGCGCAUUGUGUGUGUGUGUGUAUUUCUGCGCUUUUGACGGCAAAUCGCUUUUGGCAGCUGCUUUGGCAGCAGCCAAGUAAGAAACAAGGCUUUUUUGCUGGCGUCGAUCUUCGUUGGCAGCUGUUGGCAGUAUGAACUGAUUUUGGCCGAAAGUUGAUGAAUAAAAUGCAAAAAUGAAAAUAUUUUUGCCACUAGUCACGUGGAUAGUGCUACUACUCUCGAGUGCAGUACAUUCACAAUAUUCACAACAACCGCAACCAUUCAAGACAAACUUGAGGGCGAAUAGUCGGUUUCGCGGCGAGGUCUUCUACCUGAACCUCGAGAAUGGCUACUUUGGCUGCCAAGUCAACGAGUCCACCGAAUAUUUGCAGCUAUUCAACCUAUCGAAACUAUGCGACGGUACCCAAGAUUGCUUUCUGGGUGCCGAUGAGUUGAGCAAAGAGCUCAAAUGCACAAAUGACUGUGAUAAGGAUGGCACCAAGUGCACACAUGGCGCGUGUUUGAACGGCGUCUGCCAUUGCAAUGACGGCUACGGCGGCUGCAAUUGCGUGGACAAAGAUGAGAACGAAUGCAAACAGCGGCCGUGCGACGUGUUCGCCCAUUGCACAAACACACUGGGCAGCUUCACGUGUACCUGCUUUCCGGGCUAUCGCGGCAAUGGCUUCCAUUGUGAAGACAUUGACGAAUGCCAAGAUCCCGCGAUAGCAGCGCGAUGCGUGGAGAACGCCGAGUGCUGCAACCUGCCGGCGCACUUCCUCUGCAAGUGCAAGGAUGGAUAUGAGGGUGACGGCGAGGUUCUGUGCACGGAUGUGGACGAGUGCCGCAAUCCGGAGAACUGCGGUCCCAACGCCCUGUGCACCAACACGCCGGGCAAUUACACAUGCACCUGCCCGGAGGGCUAUGUGGGCAACAAUCCGUAUCGGGAGGGAUGCCAGGAUGUGGACGAGUGCUCGUACCCGAAUGUCUGCGGACCCGGUGCCAUAUGUACGAAUCUCGAGGGCAGUUAUCGCUGCGACUGCCCGCCGGGAUACGACGGCGAUGGACGCUCGGAGUCCGGUUGCGUGGACCAGGAUGAGUGCGCACGGACGCCCUGCGGCCGGAACGCGGAUUGUUUGAACACGGACGGCAGCUUCCGCUGCUUGUGUCCGGACGGCUACAGUGGUGAUCCCAUGCACGGUUGCGAGGAUGUCGAUGAAUGCGCCACUAACAAUCCAUGCGGUUUGGGUGCGGAAUGCGUGAACCUGGGCGGUAGCUUCCAGUGCCGCUGUCCCUCCGGCUUUGUGCUGGAGCACGAUCCGCAUGCGGAUCAGUUGCCUCAGCCGCAGAACACCCAACAAUUGGGCUACGGGCCGGGGGCGACGGACGUGGCGCCCUAUCAAAGGACCUCGGGCGCCGGUCUGGCCUGCCUGGACAUCGAUGAGUGCAAUCAGCCGGACGGAGUGGCCAAGUGCGGCACCAAUGCCAAGUGCAUUAACUUCCCCGGCUCAUACCGCUGCCUGUGUCCCAGUGGAUUCCAAGGACAAGGCUAUUUGCACUGCGAGAACAUCAACGAGUGUCAGGAUAAUCCGUGUGGGGAGAAUGCGAUCUGCACGGACACCGUUGGCAGCUUCGUUUGCACAUGCAAGCCGGACUAUACUGGUGAUCCGUUCCGUGGUUGUGUAGAUAUCGAUGAGUGCACCGCAUUGGAUAAGCCCUGUGGACAGCAUGCGGUAUGCGAAAAUACUGUUCCUGGUUACAAUUGCAAGUGCCCGCAGGGAUAUGAUGGCAAACCCGAUCCCAAGGUGGCCUGCGAACAGGUGGAUGUCAAUAUACUGUGCAGCAGUAACUUCGAUUGUACCAAUAAUGCGGAGUGCAUUGAGAAUCAGUGCUUCUGUUUGGAUGGAUUCGAACCCAUUGGAUCCAGUUGUGUGGACAUCGAUGAGUGUCGCACCCACGCUGAGGUGUGCGGUCCCCAUGCCCAGUGCCUGAAUACGCCCGGGUCGUACGGCUGUGAAUGCGAGGCGGGAUAUGUGGGCAGUCCGCCAAGAAUGGCGUGCAAGCAGCCUUGCGAGGAUGUGCGGUGUGGAGCCCAUGCCUACUGUAAACCGGAUCAAAAUGAAGCCUACUGUGUGUGCGAGGAUGGAUGGACCUACAACCCGAGCGAUGUCGCUGCGGGAUGUGUGGACAUUGAUGAGUGCGAUGCGAUGCAUGGACCUUUCGGAAGCUGUGGUCAGAAUGCCACGUGUACGAACAGUGCCGGAGGAUUUACAUGUGCCUGCCCACCUGGAUUCUCUGGAGAUCCGCACUCCAAAUGCGUCGAUGUAGAUGAGUGCCGCACAGGAGCCAGCAAGUGUGGAGCUGGAGCUGAAUGUGUGAACGUACCAGGUGGUGGAUACACCUGUCGUUGCCCCGGGAACACCAUUGCCGAUCCUGAUCCUAGUGUGAGGUGUGUGCCCAUUGUCAGUUGCUCCGCUAACGAGGACUGCCCGGGUAACUCCAUCUGUGAUGCUACAAAGCGCUGCCUGUGUCCGGAACCGAAUAUUGGCAAUGACUGCCGUCAUCCCUGCGAAGCCCUCAAUUGUGGAGCACAUGCUCAGUGCAUGCUGGCCAAUGGACAGGCUCAGUGCCUAUGUGCUCCAGGAUACACAGGAAACUCUGCUCUUGCAGGAGGCUGUAGUGACAUCGACGAAUGUCGCGCAAAUCCCUGCGCAGAGAAGGCUAUCUGUUCGAAUACUGCCGGAGGCUAUCUGUGCCAGUGCCCAGGGGGAUCCAGUGGAGAUCCAUACCGCGAGGGAUGCAUUACCUCAAAGACGGUGGGCUGCUCUGAUGCCAAUCCUUGCGCGACUGGUGAGACUUGCGUCCAAGACUCAUACACGGGCAGCAGCGUGUGCAUUUGUCGACAGGGCUAUGAACGAAAUCCCGAGAACGGUCAGUGCCAGGACGUGGAUGAGUGCUCGGUGCAAAGAGGAAAACCAGCUUGUGGACUUAAUGCUCUCUGUAAGAAUCUACCUGGUAGCUACGAGUGCCGCUGCCCACAGGGUCAUAACGGAAAUCCCUUCAUCAUGUGCGAGAUCUGCAAUACGCCGGAGUGCCAGUGUCAGUCGCCGUACAAGCUUGUUGGAAAUAGUUGUGUUCUGUCAGGAUGCUCCAGUGGACAGGCCUGUCCCAGCGGAGCUGAGUGCAUCUCCAUAGCUGGAGGUGUUAGUUACUGUGCAUGUCCCAAGGGAUACCAAACCCAACCGGAUGGAAGCUGUGUAGAUGUCGACGAGUGCGCAGAACGGGGCGCUCAACUGUGCGCCUUUGGAGCUCAGUGCGUAAACAAGCCAGGAAGCUAUAGUUGCCACUGCCCCGAGGGUUACCAAGGAGAUGCCUACAACGGACUAUGUGCCCUCGCACAAAGGAAAUGCGCUGCCGACAGGGAGUGCGCUAGCAACGAAAAAUGCAUCCAGCCAGGAGAGUGUGUUUGCCCACCUCCAUAUUUCCUGGAUCCGCAGGACAACAACAAGUGCAAGAGCCCUUGCGAACGCUUCCCGUGUGGCAUCAAUGCUAAGUGUACGCCCUCGGAUCCUCCACAAUGUAUGUGCGAGGCUGGAUUCAAGGGAGAUCCACUGCUGGGAUGCACCGAUGAAGACGAGUGCUCCCAUCUCCCUUGUGCAUAUGGAGCAUACUGUGUAAACAAGAAGGGCGGAUACCAGUGCGUGUGCCCCAAGGAUUAUACCGGAGAUCCGUACAAGAGUGGCUGCAUCUUUGAGAGCGGCACGCCGAAGAGCAAGUGCCUCAGCAACGAUGACUGCGCCAGUAAUCUAGCCUGCUUGGAAGGUAGCUGCGUAAGCCCAUGUAGCAGUCUUCUGUGUGGAUCCAAUGCCUACUGUGAGACGGAGCAACAUGCUGGCUGGUGUCGUUGCCGAGUGGGAUAUGUCAAAAAUGGCAAUGGAGACUGCGUGUCUCAGUGUCAGGACGUGAUUUGCGGCGAUGGAGCUCUCUGCAUUCCAACUAGCGACGGACCCACAUGUAAGUGCCCGCAAGGACAGCUCGGAAAUCCCUUCCCCGGCGGCAGCUGCAGCACAGAUCAGUGCUCAGCCGCCAGACCUUGUGGCGAACGGCAGAUCUGCAUCAAUGGAAGAUGCAAGGAGCGCUGCGAGGGUGUGGUCUGUGGCAUUGGAGCCACCUGCGAUAGGAACAAUGGAAAGUGCAUCUGCGAGCCGAACUUUGUGGGUAAUCCUGACCUGAUCUGCAUGCCACCCAUCGAGCAGGCCAAGUGCUCUCCAGGAUGUGGAGAGAACGCACACUGCGAGUACGGAUUGGGUCAGAGCCGAUGUGCCUGUAACCCGGGAACAUUUGGUAAUCCCUAUGAAGGCUGUGGAGCGCAAAGCAAGAACGUAUGCCAGCCGAAUAGCUGUGGACCCAAUGCCGAAUGCCGUGCUGUGGGCAACCACAUCUCCUGUGUUUGCCCACAGGGCUUCAGUGGUAAUCCCUACAUUGGCUGCCAGGAUGUGGAUGAGUGUGUCAACAAACCUUGUGGUCUAAAUGCUGCCUGUUUAAAUAGAGCCGGAGGAUUCGAGUGCUUGUGUCUUUCUGGACACGCCGGAAAUCCCUACAGUAGUUGUCAACCCAUUGAGAGCAAAUUCUGCCAAGAUGCGAAUAAGUGCCAGUGCAACGAACGAGUAGAGUGUCCUGAUGGCUACAGUUGCCAAAAAGGACAGUGCAAAAACCUCUGCUCCCAAGCUUCGUGUGGGCCAAGAGCUAUCUGCGAUGCCGGAAAUUGCAUUUGCCCCAUGGGUUACAUUGGAGAUCCCCAUGACCAAGUUCAGGGUUGCAGCAUUCGCGGUCAGUGUGGCAAUGAUGCGGACUGUCUGCACUCUGAGAUCUGCUUCCAGUUAGGCAAGGGUCUGCGCAAAUGUGUGGACGCGUGCUCCAAGAUUCAGUGUGGACCCAAUGCUCUUUGCGUGUCCGAGGAUCAUCGAUCUUCAUGUAUAUGCUCUGACGGAUUCUUCGGAAACCCAAGCAACCUACAGGUGGGUUGCCAGCCGGAAAGAACAGUUACCGAGGAAAAGGAUAAAUGUAAAUCGGAUCAGGACUGUAAUCGGGGAUACGGUUGUCAGGCCAGCGUUCACGGCAUCAAGGAGUGCAUUAACCUGUGCUCCAACGUCGUCUGCGGACCCAACGAGCUGUGCAAGAUUAAUCCAGCUGGGCAUGCCAUUUGCAACUGCGCCGAGAGCUAUGUCUGGAACCCAGUGGUUUCUUCCUGCGAAAAGCCUUCACUGCCAGACUGCACCAGUGACGCUAAUUGCCCUGAUGCAUCUGCCUGUCGACCGGAUGUCUUGGGAGUCCUUAAGUGCGUCGCCAUUUGUGAUGCCUUCACGUGCCCAGCCAACUCGGUUUGCGUAGCCCGUCAGCACCAGGGACGCUGUGAUUGCUUGAACGGAUUCGUGGGUAACCCCAACGAUAGGAACGGCUGCCAGGCGGCCCAAAAACAUCACUGCAGAAACCACGCCGAGUGCCAGGAGUCGGAGGCCUGUAUUAAGGAUGAAUCUACCCAAACCCUCGGCUGUCGUCCAGCGUGUGAUACGGUGAAGUGUGGACCCCGAGCCGUUUGUGUCACCAAUAACCAUCAGGCGCAGUGUCAGUGUCCACCUGGACCUUUCGCCGGAGAUCCAUACGAUCCAUUUAAUGGCUGCCAGAGUGUUCCUUGUGUUUACAACCAUGACUGUCCACCCAGCCAGAUGUGCAACCGUAUGACACACACAUGCUUCGAUGUGUGCGACGAGGAGUCCUGCGGCGACAAUGCCAUUUGCUUAGCUGAGGAUCAUCGGGCCGUCUGCCAGUGCCCACCUGGAUUUAAGGGAGAUCCGUUACCGGAAGUGGCCUGCACCAAACAAGGCGGCUGUGCCGCUGGAACUUGCCACCCAUCCGCAAUUUGCGAGGUCACUCCUGAAGGACCUGUCUGCAAGUGUCCGCCGCUUUUUGUGGGCGACCCGAAGUCGGGUGGCUGCCGUCCAGAUGGUCAGUGCCCGAGUGGAGACGCCGACUGCCCAGCGAACACCAUCUGCGCCGGAGGAAUAUGCCAAAAUCCCUGCGACAACGCUUGCGGAUCGAAUGCUGAGUGCAAGGUUGUCAAUAGGAAACCCGUAUGCAGUUGUCCCUUGCGAUUCCAGCCUAUCUCUGAUACUGCCAAGGAUGGAUGUGCUCGGACCAUAUCUAAAUGUCUCACAGAUGUCGACUGCGGAGGAGCGCUGUGCUACAAUGGACAAUGCCGUAUUGCUUGCCGGAACACCCAAGACUGCUCCGAUGGCGAGAGCUGCUUGAAGAAUGUCUGUGUGGUUGCCUGCCUGGAUCACAGUCAGUGCGCAAGUGGACUGGCCUGUGUCGAGGGACACUGCACCAUCGGCUGUCGCAGCAACAAGGAGUGCAAGCAGGAUCAGUCUUGCAUUGAGAACAAGUGCCUGAAUCCCUGCCAGUCUGCCAACAGUUGUGGUCCAAAUGCCCUGUGCAGCAUUGAUCAGCACCAUAGCCAGUGCAGUUGCCCGGAAGGUUUCGAGGGCAACCCCACACCAGAACAGGGAUGCGUUCGAGUUCCAGCUCCCUGCUUAGCCAGUAAUCAAUGUCCCAGCGGACACAUGUGCAUUGGAAAUCAGUGCAAUCUUCCAUGCACCAAGACUGCUUCCUGUGCAGUUGGUGAACGUUGCUAUCAACAAGUCUGCCGCAAGGUGUGCUAUACCAGCAACAACUGUUUGGCCGGAGAAAUCUGUAAUUCGGACAGGACGUGCCAACCAGGAUGUGAUUCAGAUGCCGAUUGCCCACCCACCGAAUUGUGUCUGACAGGAAAGUGCAAGUGCGCCACCGGAUUUAUAGGCACACCCUUUGGAUGCUCGGAUAUUGAUGAGUGCACGGAACAGCCCUGCCAUGCCAGUGCUCGAUGCGAGAACCUUCCGGGAACCUAUCGUUGUGUAUGCCCCGAAGGAACAGUCGGCGAUGGGUACUCCCAGCCGGGUUGCUCGCAGCCCAGGCAAUGCCACAAACCAGACGAUUGUGCCAAUAGUCUGGCCUGUAUACAUGGAAAGUGCACGGAUCCUUGCCUACAUACUGUUUGCGGCAUUAAUGCCAAUUGCCAGUCGGAAGGACACGAAGCUCUAUGCAGCUGCCCAGCUGGAUUUUUGGGAGACCCCAACGACACUGGAGUCGGAUGCUUCAAGGUGGAGUGCAUCGACCAUGUGGAUUGUGCUGAAGAUCGUGCCUGCGAUGCGGAAACCAACCGAUGCAUUAAGCCAUGUGAUCUGACUAGUUGCGGAAAGGGCAAUUGCCAGGUGAAGGAUCACAAGGCGACAUGUGCCUGUUACGAAGGAUAUCAAUUAGUCAACGGAAUAUGUGAGGACAUGAACGAGUGUCUAUCGCAGCCAUGCCACAGCACAGCUUUUUGCAACAAUCUUCCAGGAAGCUACAGUUGCCAGUGCCCGGAGGGAUUGAUCGGAGAUCCCCUGCAAGCCGGUUGUCGGGAUCCUAAUGAGUGUUUGAGUGAUGCGGACUGUCCUGCAUCAGCAAGUUGCCAAAACUCCCGAUGCCGUAGUCCUUGCGAGCGGCAGAAUGCUUGUGGAUUAAAUGCUAACUGCCAGGCACAGGGCCAUCAAGCCAUUUGCACUUGUCCUCUGAAUUCCCGUGGAGAUCCCGCAAUCGAGUGCGUACACAUUGAGUGCGCGGACAAUGACGAUUGCUCCGGGGAGAAAGCAUGCUUGGAUUCGAAGUGCAUAGAUCCCUGUUCCCUGCCCAAUGCCUGUGGAGCUUUGGCACGUUGCUCGGUGCAGAAUCACAUCGGAGUUUGCUCCUGCGAAGCGGGCAGUACCGGAGAUGCCAAACUGGGAUGUGUGCAGCUGCAAUAUUGCCAGCAGGACGGACAAUGUGCCCAGGGAAGCAUAUGCUCCCACGGAAUUUGCAGUCCGUUGUGCAGCACCAAUCGUGAUUGUAUUUCGGAACAGUUGUGUUUGCAGGGCGUCUGUCAGGGAACCUGCAAGUCAAACUCAAGCUGUCCCCAGUUCCAGUUCUGUUUGAAUAACAUUUGCACCAAGGAGCUGGAGUGCCGAUCCGAUAGCGAGUGUGGCGAAGACGAAACCUGUCUGAGUGAUGCCUAUGGGCGUGCAAAGUGUGAAUCUGUGUGUCUUGGUCGCGCUGCCUGUGGUAGGAAUGCAGAGUGCGUUGCACGUUCCCAUGCUCCCGAUUGCCUCUGCAAGGAGGGAUUCUUCGGGGACGCCAAGUCUGGAUGCCGAAAGAUCGAGUGCAGUAGCGACGAUGACUGCUCUAAUGACAAGAGCUGCGACAACCACAUGUGCAAGAUUGCCUGCCUCAUUGGACAGCCGUGCGGAGAGAAUGCCCUCUGCACCACAGAACACCACCAGCAGGUUUGCCACUGCCAGCCAGGAUUCUCUGGAGACCCGCGGGUUCGUUGCGAUGUUAUAGAUUUUUGCCGGGAUGCUCCGUGCGGACCCGGAGCCCGUUGCCGAAACGCGAGGGGGUCGUACAAGUGCACCUGUCCCCCGGGACUCGUUGGUGAUCCGUACAACGAGGGCUGUCGCAGCUCUGUUGAGUGCGAGACCAACGAGGACUGUCCCCCGCAUGCCGCAUGCACCAAAACCAAUGGGGUGGCCAAGUGCCGCGAUGUCUGUGCCCAGCUGCAAUGUGGUCCCAAUGCGGAAUGUGUUCCGAAGGGCCAUGUGGCGCAGUGUGCAUGCCGCAGCGGCUACGAUGGCCAACCCGCCGACCGGGUGGCCGGCUGUAAGCCGCUGCCGUCUCCCUGUCAGGUCACCGGCGACUGUCCGACCAACACAUACUGUUCGGAUAGCGUCUGCAAACCUGCCUGUGUUCUGGACACCGAAUGUGGAGCAUUCGAAGUGUGUCAAGGUGGCCAAUGCUUCAAUCCCUGCCUUCAACCGCAGGCCUGUGGCCAGAAUGCCGAGUGCGUGAUGCAGAAUCAUCUGAAACAGUGCCAUUGCCCGGAGGGCUUCACCGGCGACUCUGCGAAGGAGUGUGUGCGUGUGCCGGUGGCUUGCGAUGGCGAGUGCGCUCCUGGAUAUACCUGCCGCGACUCCAUGUGCCUGCCUGUGUGCCACAACGAUCUGGAGUGCGCCUCCAACGAGAAGUGCCUGAAGGGCAGCUGUAUGCUGACCUGUCGGGUGGACAACGAUUGCUUCCUGGGUCACGUUUGCCUGCACAACAAGUGCGUGUAUGGCUGCCAUGUGGACGAUGACUGCAGUGCCUCAGAGUCUUGUCGCAACGAUAAGUGCGUAAACCCUUGUCUGGAGAGUCCCUGUGGUCCCAAUGCCGCCUGUUCGGUAUCCAACCACCGUGCUAGCUGCAGUUGUCUGGAGAGUAUGGUGCCCAAUCCCACACCCCAGGUGGGCUGCGUCCGUUCUCCUCCCUUGGAAUGCCGCGAGAAUCGCGACUGUGGAAAUGGAUUGGCUUGCUUCGAGUCGGUAUGCCGACCUCUAUGCGCCGACGAUGCCGGCUGCUUAACCAACGAGCGUUGUCAGCAGGGAGUUUGCAAACCCCUUUGCCGCCACGACAAUGAAUGCGGCCAUGGAGAGCUCUGUCUUGGCCUGAACUGCGUACCUGGAUGCCGUUCCGAUCAGGGUUGCCCCCAGGACCUGUCCUGCGUGGGUCAGCAGUGCGUGGAUCCAUGUGCAGAUCCCACUGCCUGCGGCACUAAUGCCCUCUGCCAAACGAUCGAUCAUAGAAAACAGUGCUUAUGUCCAGAGGGUCUUGAUGGCAAUGCCAAUGUGGCCUGCAAGGUGCCUCGCAUUGCUUGUGGCAGGAACGAGGAUUGCCAAUCGAAUCAGCUAUGCUAUGCUGGCAGCUGUCAAGGAAAGUGCAGGAACGAUCAGAACUGCUUGGCGGAUGAGCGUUGCAUGAGAGGAACAUGUAGAACCGUAUGCAACACCGAUGAGGCCUGUGCUCAGGGACAGAUUUGUGAAAACCGAAUGUGCCAGACUGGAUGUCGUACCGAUUUGAGUUGUGCCACCGACGAGGCCUGCGUGAACAAGAAGUGCCAGAAUCCAUGUCGCACGCCCGGCCAAUGUGGCCAGUGUGCCGACUGUCUUGUUGUCAACCAUGGAGUCCAAUGCCAGUGUCCUGCCGCCUUUAUGGGAGACGGUUUGACUGGCUGCCAACUCCCGCCGGAACGCUGCCAUCCUGGCUGUGAAUGCGACGAAAACGGAGCCUAUUGCGCAGCCAAAUGCUCAAGAACCGAGGAUUGCGCCUGUGGACAACAGUGUGCCAGAGGAAAGUGCCGGAAUAAGUGCGGACCCAAGCGUCAGUGUACGGUGGGACAGCUUUGCGAGAGAGGCGCUUGCAUUGCCGGGUGCAAGUCGAACGGUGAUUGUGCCGCCGACCAGAGUUGUGUCAAUGGAAAGUGCUCCGAUCCUUGUGCGAACGAGAAGGCUUGCGGACGGAAUGCUCUUUGCACUGUGUCCGAGCACCGGAUGCUGUGCUACUGUCCGGAUGGAUAUGAAGGCGAGCCCAGUAAGGAGUGCGUGCAGUUCGAGUGCCGUGUGGACACCGAUUGCGACAGCAAUAAGCGCUGCGACCAAGGAAAGUGCCGCAAUCCUUGUCUGGAGUAUGGAGCUUGUGGCACCAAUGCUCAGUGUCGGGUGGUGGGUCGCAAGGCUCAAUGUUCAUGUCCGCCGGACUUCUUUGGCAAUCCGACUAGUGAGUGCAGACCGCUGGAAGGAGGAUGCUCAAGCAAACCCUGUGGUGAGAACUCCAAGUGCACUGAGGUGCCUGGAGGCUAUGAAUGCGCUUGCAUGGAUGGCUGCAUUGGUGAUGCCCACCAGGGAUGCCUUUGCGGCGGACCUCUAGUGAAUGCCUGUCGGGAUCAUCCUUGCGGGCUAAAUGCCGCCUGCCACGUACUGGAAAACAAUCAAGCCGAAUGCUACUGCCCAGAGGACUUCCCCAAUGGUGAUGCCUAUGUGCAAUGUUACUUGACCACGCCGAAGCAGGAUUGUCGUACCCUAGGAUGCGAAGUCGGCGGCUGUGUACGCCAGGGCUAUGAAUACGUUUGCCAGCAGGACACCGAACAAUGCUACUCAGAUACGGAUUGUCCCAGUGAAAAAUCAUGCCUCCAAGGACACUGCAGCGAUCCUUGUACAAUGCGUGGCGUGUGUGGUUUGAAUGCUCUCUGCAAAACCGUACUGCAUCGACCGCGCUGCUCCUGCCCCAGUUGCCACAUCGGUCGGCCAGAGAUCGAGUGCAAGUCUGAUCCCAAGUGCUUGCCCGAGGACACAGACCCAAAGACCAAGGAGCAGGUCCCAUGCUCCACAGACUCCGAGUGUCCAGAGACGUUGCAGUGCGGCCAGUAUGGUCAAUGCACAGAUCCGUGCAACAAUCCGCUCUUCAUCUGCGAGAGCAACAAGAAGUGCGAGACGAGACGUCACCAGCCCGUUUGUAUCUGCAAGUCGGGCUUCAUAGUGAAUGAGUUCGGAGAACUAACGUGCGCCCCAGACAAGCGGGAGUGCUAUCGAGACGAUGACUGCGCCUCGAACAUGGCCUGCGCCGAUGGCAAGUGCCGCAAUCCUUGCAUCGUGCCCCUGGGCCGAGCCGCAAUUUGUGCCGAGAACAAGUCCUGCGAGGUGCAGAAUCACAAGCCAGUCUGCAUUUGUAUGCGCGACUGCCAGCCAUCCAUAUCCAUUUGCCUGCGCGACGCCGGUUGUCCGGCUAGCCAGGCUUGCCGGAAGCUCAAGUGCGUCGAUCCGUGCGAGUUUGCCACAUGCGCACCCAACUCGCCAUGCAUUGUCGAGGAUCACAAGCCGAUAUGUAAAUUCUGCCCAGCUGGAUUUAUAGCCGAUGCCAAGAAUGGAUGUCAAAAAGAGAUCGGAUGCGCAUCGAGUGAUGAGUGCCCGUCCCAGCAGGCGUGCAUUAAUGCUCUUUGUGUGGAUCCUUGCACCUUUAACAAUCCCUGCAGCCGCAAUGAAGAUUGCCGUGUUUUUAACCAUCAGCCAUUGUGCUCAGCCGAGCAUGGUCGCACGCCUGGCUGCGAGCAUUGUCCACCAGGCGCAAACUGCGAUCCAACAACCGGUGCUUGUAUAAAGGCUAAUGUAACAAUAACAACUAUUACUACCAAGAACUCCACAUCUACCAAGAUACCAACGAAACCAAGAACAACAGCUAACCCAAACACAGGCGUCAAAACAACGCCGACAACCACAAGGGUCACCACAAGAAAUACAACCACGACCACAACCACUACUACCACUUCCUCCACUAGCACUGAAUCGAGCACAAUCACAAGCGCUACUAACCAGACCAGUAAGAACCAAAAACCAGACACAGAAAGCACCACCUCCCACACUGAUGCAACGAGGCGGUAUCGUGAUGGUGAGAACAAUAUCACUGAUACUCCGACACCGAGGCCCCCGAUCCCGACGACCACGCUGCGGGGAGAAGGUAACCUGAGUUACAAUCUGAGUUGGUCCACCACGACGCCCAAAAUGAAAACCACCCGACUGGAUACUUCCAACGAAGUCUCAGAUACCACUUCGCCGUGGCCGAUAGAGCUGCCCACCACGGAGGGCACCACCACGGAAGUCUACAACACCAUGAUUGCCCCGGUGGUCAACACCACUGACACCUCAUUAAUUAACCCAUGUACAGUAGAUACUAAUUGUGCCCCUAACGAGCACUGCAAGCUGGGCCAUUGCCGUAAAAAAGAACCGCCGGGUUCACCAAAAACGCCCGAACCCUGUCAAUCUAACAACGACUGCAUUGAGAGCGAGGCCUGUUACAUGGGACUGUGCCAGGAUCCUUGCGAAUUUGCCAAGAUUUGUGCCGCGACUGCCAAGUGCACCGCCAAGAGUCAUCGACCAGUGUGUACCUGUCCGCAGGGCCAUGAGGGCAAUCCGAUGGUCAAAUGUGUAACCACUCAAACCUCAAUUGAAUGCACCGACGAUUCGGACUGCGGUGUCACGGAAGCGUGCAUCAACCAGCUCUGCCAGCAUCCUUGCGAUGUUCACGAUCCUUGUGCCACGAAUGCUGUUUGCAUCAACAGCAACCAUGCAGCUGACUGCAGCUGUGCGGAUGGCUUCCAAGGCAAUGGAUUUGUUGGCUGUCAGCCAGCACGUUCCCAUGUCUGUCAAUACAACGAGGACUGUCCACCGACGAAGCUCUGCGAUCGGUUGAACCGCCGCUGCAUCAAUCCCUGUCAAGAGGACUCUUGCGGCGAGAACGCCGAGUGCAUACCUGUGAACCAUGGUACUGACUGCCGCUGCCUGCCCGGAUUCCUGGGCAAUGCCUACGUGCAAUGUCUUCCUAGUCAGGGAUGCCGCUCCGAUUCCGAAUGUGAUUCCAGUCAGGCGUGCAUCAAUGGAAAGUGUUCAUCGCCCUGCCAAUGUGGAGCUUAUGCCCUCUGCGAUGUGGUUAAUCAUCGAGGUGUGUGCAAGUGCCCUCCCGGCUACAACGGAAAUCCACAGGUGGGCUGCAGUCCGCCUCAAGAUCCAUGCGACCCCAAUCCAUGUGGCUUAAAUGCCUUGUGCGAACUGGACAAUGGCAACCCCAUCUGCUACUGCCCAAAGGGUCUUACCGGAAAUCCGUUCAAAAAUUGCAUUCCUGAGGGAGAUGAGUGCACACCGAAUCCCUGCGGUCCCAACUCCGGAUGUCGACGUGUAGGUGGAAACCCGGUUUGCUUCUGCCUGCCGGAAUAUGAGGGUCAGCCACCGUCGAUUCCAUGUGAGCUGCCUUCGAAUCCUUGCGACCCAUCGCCUUGCGGACCAAAUACUCAAUGCUCCGUACUCAGCAACGGUUUCUCCAAGUGCACCUGCCUGCCGAACUACGUGGAGAGUCCGAACACCAUCCGUGGAUGUGUUGAACCAAUUAACCCGUGUGACCCGAAUCCUUGUGGAACUGGAGCAAUCUGCGAUUCUUCGCGUCAGCCCGUGUGUUACUGUCCGGACGACAGGAUUGGCAAUCCUUUCAGACUGUGUGACUACCCUGCAUUUACUCUUGAACUUUGCCAGCCAGGACCAUGUGGCCGAAACGCCGAGUGCUAUGUGGCUGGAAAUCGAGAGGAGUGCUACUGCCGUUCGGGAUAUAUGGGAGAUGCUUACCAGGGAUGCCGUGAACCGAGUCGCACUGUUUGCGACCCCAAUCCUUGUGGACCUAAUGCUAACUGCGUUGUAGCUGGCGACGGACAAACCGCAUGCGUUUGUCCUGACGGUUUGUCAGGAGAUCCCACGUCCCCCAUUGGAUGCCAUGGGUAUGAAUGCCAGGUGGAUGCCGAUUGUCCAAACAGCAAGGCCUGCAUGGGCUAUCGCUGCUACGACCCCUGUCCCGGAGCCUGUGGCCAAGGGGCUCACUGCCAAGUGGAUCAGCAUCACCCAGUUUGCUCUUGUAACUCCGGUUUGACUGGCAACCCUGGAAUUCGCUGCUAUGCCUUGGACCAUCCCAAAACGAACCCUUGCGUUCCAAGCCCUUGUGGCCGAAAUAGCGAGUGCAAGUUGCUGAACAACCGUGCUGUCUGUUCGUGCAUCCCAGGUUACCUGGGCGAUCCUCAAUCGGGUUGCCAGCCUGAGUGCGACAUUAACUCGGAUUGCGGUGAUACCUUGUCGUGCAUUAACCACAAGUGUGUGGAUCCCUGUGCCGGAGCGAUCUGUGGAAUUAAUGCCAUAUGUAAUGUCCGCCAGCAUACGCCAGUAUGUCUUUGCCUGGAUGGCUUCGUCGGCGACGCCUUUUUGCAAUGCGUUCCUAUUGGAAUACUGAAGAAUAUUUCUCGGGAUCCGUGUGCUCCGUCGCCCUGUGGACCUCACGACGUUUGUUCGGUAUACGGCGAUGGAGUGGCCCUUUGUGAUCCCUGCUUUGGACCCAAUGCCCAACAGAAUCCCCGCUGCAGACCCGAGUGCGUGGGCAAUUCGGAUUGUCCGUUUGAUCGCGCAUGCUUGGGCCAGCGUUGUCUGGAUCCCUGUCCUGGAUCCUGUGGCCGGAAUGCUAUCUGUAAUGUCUACGAGCAUAACCCCGUAUGCGCUUGUCCCACUGGACUAUUUGGAAAUCCCUAUGAACAGUGCACGACUAAGUCAGUCGUAGAGCCGCCACCACAACCAAGCUGCGCUAAACUCCAUUGCGGUGCCAAUGCGGAGUGCAAGCGUCAGCACAGUGGUCUUGCCUGCGUCUGUCGUAAGGGUUACUUCGGAGACCCACAUAUUGGUUGUCGGCCAGAAUGUGUUCUUAACAGUGACUGUCCCGCUGAAAAGGCUUGCUUGAACUCCAAGUGUGUAGAAGCGUGUACCGGAGUAUGUGGCGUUAAUGCCGUUUGCCGUGUGGUUAACCAUGCGCCAGUUUGCAUAUGUGCUGAGGGAUAUAGCGGAGAUGCCUCCAUUGCCUGCAAUCCAUUCUACCUGCCACCUCCAGAGCGACCUCAUCCGUGUGAGCCAUCGCCGUGCGGACCAAACUCUCGAUGCAAGGCCACGCCUGAUGGCUAUGCAGCCUGUUCCUGCCUGCCGAACUUCAAAGGAGCUCCACCAGUCUGUCAGCCAGAGUGUGUGGUUAGCUCCGAGUGUGCUCCCACCCAGGCUUGCCUGAAUCAGAGGUGCGCAGAUCCAUGCCCAGGUAUUUGCGGUGGUGGAGCGCGCUGCGAAGUGCUUAACCAUAACCCCAUCUGCUCUUGUGAGGCCAACUUCGAGGGUGAUCCGUUUGUGGCGUGCUCACCCAUUCAGGACCCAGGUCGCGAUAUCGCUUUGCCCAAGAACCCGUGCGUGCCAUCUCCUUGCGGACCCAACUCCAUUUGUCAGAUUAAACAAAACCGACCAGUCUGCUCCUGUGUGGCCAACUAUAUAGGCAGCCCGCCGUAUUGCCGACCAGAGUGCACGCUGAGCAGUGAAUGCCCAUCUGACAAGGCCUGCAUCAACGAGAAGUGCCAGAAUCCGUGUGCCAACGUUUGUGGACACAAUGCCCGUUGUACGGUCAUCGCCCACUCGGCCCACUGCAGUUGCGAUGAGGACUACGAGGGAGAUGCCUUCAUUGGUUGCUCAAAGAAAAUUACAGAAAGACCCGGCGAUCACAUCGAUCCAUGCUACCCCAACCCAUGUGCCGAGAACGCUGUUUGCACGCCUUACAAUAACGCCGCGCGCUGCACCUGCAUUGAGCCCUACAAUGGCGAUCCUUACAGUACCGGAUGUCGACCGGAAUGUAUCUACAGCUCGGAAUGCCCCUCAUCACUGGCCUGCAUUAAGCAGCACUGUCGCGACCCUUGCACGGCUGCUUGUGGAGCGAAUGCGGAGUGUACGGUGGUUAACCACUUGCCCUCUUGCAGUUGCACCAGAGGAUUUGAGGGUAAUCCGUUCGACGGAUGCAAGCGGGUGGCUAUUGUGCGACCCGAAAGCGUGUGUGAGCCCAAUCCUUGUGGACCGAACAGUAUUUGUCGCUCUGUAGAGGGACAUCCUACGUGCAGUUGUCAGGUUGGUUACUUCGGAGCUCCGCCGCAGUGCAGACCCGAAUGUGUGGUCAGCUCGGAGUGUGCGCAGCAUUUGGCCUGCAUAAACCAGAAGUGUAUGGAUCCAUGUGUGGACACUUGUGGAUUCAACGCCAAAUGUCAAGUCAACAACCACAAUCCCAUCUGCUCGUGUCCAGCCAACUAUGAGGGAAAUCCAUUUGAGCAAUGUGUGCCCAAACCUGCAGAACAACCUCUCAACGUGGAUCCUUGCCUGCCCAGCCCAUGCGGUUCCAAUUCCAUUUGCCGAAAUGUGAACAAUAGAGCGGAGUGCUCUUGUGCACCAGGAAUGUUUGGAGCACCACCUAACUGUCGACCAGAAUGUGUGAUUAACCAGGAUUGCCCAUCAAAUCGAGCUUGUAUACGGCAGCGGUGCGAGGAUCCUUGCAUUGGCAUUUGCGGCUUCAAUGCCGUGUGCUCCACACAGAACCACCAGCCCAAGUGCAGUUGCAUUGAAAGCUUUGAGGGUGAUCCGUACACCGCCUGCAGAAUGCGUGAGAUCGUGGUGCUAGAUCCACCCACCGAUCCAUGCUACCCAUCGCCAUGUGGUGCGAAUGCCAUUUGCCGCGUGCGCAACGGAGCCGGCUCCUGCUCCUGUAUCCAAAAUUAUUUUGGUGACCCCUAUAUCAACUGCCGCCCUGAGUGCGUCCAGAAUAGCGAUUGUCCCAGUAACCGUGCCUGUAUAAACAUGAAGUGCCGCGAUCCUUGCGCCAAUGCUUGUGGAUUUAAUGCCAUUUGCCGGGUGGCUCAUCAUCAACCUGUCUGUAGUUGUGAACCUCACUUCACAGGCAAUCCCCUGCGCGCAUGCGUCGAGAGGCCCUCAAACAUGUACCUUCCCCUGCCCAAAGACCCUUGUAGACCGUCGCCUUGUGGCCUGUUCAGCACGUGCCAUGUAGUUGGGGAUCGCCCUGUGUGUGCCUGCUUGCCAGACUACAUGGGUGCUCCGCCCAACUGCAAGCCCGAGUGUAUGACCAGUGCCGAGUGUCCUUCGGAUAGGGCCUGUAUAAACCAGCGCUGCAAAGAUCCUUGUCCCGGAACGUGUGGCUACAAUGCCCGUUGUCGUUGCACCAAUCAUUCACCAAUCUGCAGCUGCUACGAUGGCUACACCGGGGAUCCGUUCCAUCAGUGCGUUCCUGAAAGAAAACCACCACCAAUAGCUGAUCCCAUUGUUCCGCCCAAUCCUUGUGUGCCAUCACCUUGUGGACCCAACUCUCAGUGUCAGGUUUCAAGCAGUGGAGCAGUGUGCUCCUGCGUAACGAAUUACAUAGGACGACCACCGGGUUGUCGCCCAGAGUGCAGCAUCAAUUCCGAGUGUCCGGCCAGAAUGGCCUGCAUAAAUGCUCGUUGUGCCGAUCCGUGCAUAGGAUCGUGCGGAAAUAACGCACUCUGCCAUGUCAGCCUGCAUGCACCGGUGUGCAUGUGUGAGCCCGGAUUUUCCGGCGAUCCGUUCUCCGGGUGCUACAAGAUUAUUGAGACCCCCAUUGAGGUGGUCCAACCGUGCCGCCCCAGCCCUUGCGGCUUAAAUGCCCUUUGCGAGGAGCGGAAUCAAGCCGCCGCCUGCAAGUGUCUUCCGGAAUACUUUGGGGAUCCCUAUGUCGAGUGUCGUCCCGAGUGCGUCAUUAACUCGGACUGUCCCAGGUCGCGAGCCUGUGUCAAUCAAAAGUGCGUGGAUCCUUGUCCGGGGAUGUGCGGUCACAACGCACUUUGCGCCGUCUUCAACCACGCCCCCAACUGCGAAUGCCUACCUGGUUACACUGGCAACCCCAUCGUUGGUUGUCACAUAGUCCCUGAGAUUCCCCACUAUCCCGACCCUAUAGUGCCUGAAAACCCUUGCCAACCCUCGCCCUGUGGCCUCUACAGCAACUGCCGUCCGGUUAAUGGUCACGCAGUCUGCUCCUGUGUGCCCAGCUACAUCGGCUCUCCUCCCAACUGCCGGCCCGAGUGCAUGAGCAGCUCCGACUGCGCGCAGGACAAGUCGUGCCUUAACGAGCGCUGCAAGGAUCCCUGCCCAGGCACCUGCGGCAACAACGCGCUCUGCCGCGUAGUCAACCACAACCCCAUCUGCUCCUGUAGUCCCGGCUUCAGCGGUGAUCCCUUCGUGCGCUGCUUCCCCCAAGAGAAGCGGCCGCCCAUUACCCAUGACCGCAUCGAUCCGUGCGUGCCCUCGCCAUGUGGGCCCAACUCUGAAUGCCGGGUGUCGGCCGCCAAUGAGCAUGCUGUCUGCUCAUGCUUGCAGCAUUACGUGGGUAGGGCGCCAAAUUGCCGGCCGGAGUGUACGUCCGACUCCGAGUGCCCCGGCAAUUUGGCCUGUAUCAAUCUGCGCUGCCGGGAUCCGUGUGUCGGUACCUGCGGCAUACAGACCACUUGCCUUGUAAAUAAUCAUAGACCCAUUUGCCGCUGCAUUGACGGUUAUGCAGGGGAUCCAUUCUCAGGGUGUAGUCCGAAGAUUAAUGUCCCGGUGGAAGUGGCACAGCCCUGCAACCCGAGUCCCUGCGGCGCCAAUGCCGUGUGCAAGGAGCGCAAUGGAGUGGGUUCCUGCUCUUGUUUACCGGAGUACAAUGGAGACCCGUACACGGAGUGCCGCCCAGAGUGCGUUUUGAAUAGUGACUGCUCGAAGAACCGUGCCUGCCUCAACAACAAGUGCCGCGAUCCCUGUCCGGGAGUUUGUGGAGUCUCUGCCGAGUGUCACGUGAUAAACCACGCACCCAGCUGCAGUUGUCCUUCGGGUUUCACUGGCAAUCCCUCGCAAUUUUGUCGGGAGAUACCAAGAUUGCCCGCUCCCGUUGAACCAUGUCGUCCUUCGCCCUGCGGACCUUACAGCCAGUGCCGUGAGGUUAACGGACAUGCGGUCUGCUCAUGCGUUACCAAUUUCAUUGGCACACCGCCCGCUUGUCGUCCGGAGUGCUCGGCUAGCUCCGAAUGCGCUCAGGACAGGGCAUGUGUGAACCAGCGCUGUGCGGACCCGUGUCCUGGUACCUGUGGCAAUGAGGCUAUCUGCAAAGUGACCAACCACAACCCGAUCUGCUCCUGCCCAGCCGGUUACAGCGGCGAUCCUUUCGAUCGCUGUGCGCCGUGGCAGGAGGAACCGGAGCAUCCCAAGUCCAAUGAAAAUCCUUGUGUGCCCAGUCCAUGUGGGCGCAAUUCUCAGUGUCGUGUCGUGGGCGAGACGGGUGUGUGCUCCUGCCUGCCAAAUUUCGUGGGCAGGGCGCCAAAUUGCCGUCCAGAGUGCACUAUCAACACCGAGUGUCCUGCAAACCUGGCCUGCAUCAAUGAGCGCUGCCAGGAUCCCUGUCCGGGAUCCUGUGGCUUUAAUGCUUACUGCAGUGUGGUAAACCACUCGCCCAUUUGCACCUGCGACACUGGGUACACAGGUGACCCCUUCGCCGGCUGUAACCCACAACCUCCAGCCAUACCCGAUGAACGUUUGACUCCCUGCCAACCAUCGCCUUGUGGUCCCAAUGCCGAGUGCCGUGAGCGCAACGGAGCCGGCUCCUGUACUUGUCUGCCGGAAUAUUUCGGCGAUCCGUACAGUGGCUGCCGUCCAGAAUGCGUGGUGAACAGUGAUUGUUCGCGCGACAAGUCGUGUGUCAACCAGAAAUGUGUGGACCCGUGUCCAGGUGUUUGUGGCUUGAACGCCCAGUGUCGUGUGUCCAAUCAUCUUCCCAGUUGCUCAUGCCUGGCUGGAUACACUGGAAAUCCGUCGAGCGCGUGCCGAGAAAUUCCUCAGUUGCCCCCACCACCCGAACGGGAUGAGAACCCCUGUAGACCAUCUCCGUGUGGUCCCUAUAGUCAGUGCCGCGAGGUUGACGGCCAUGCCGUGUGCUCCUGCCUUCAGGGCUUCAUCGGAUCGGCUCCCAACUGCCGACCCGAGUGCAUCAUUAGCUCGGAUUGCGCCCAAAAUCUUAACUGUCAGAAUCAAAAGUGCGUGGACCCGUGCCCGGGCACAUGUGGCAUCGAGGCCCGCUGCCAGGUCAUUAACCACUAUCCCGCAUGCUCCUGUGCCCCAGGUUUUACCGGAGAUCCCUUCAACCGGUGCACCAAGAUAUUGUUGGAGCCCCCACCCACCGAUAAGUCUGGUAAUCCCUGCAUCCCAUCACCAUGCGGACCCAACUCGAAAUGCCUCGAUGUCCGUGGUUCGCCUGCAUGCUCCUGUUUGCCCGACUACCUGGGACGUCCGCCAAACUGCCGGCCCGAGUGCCUUAGUAGUGCCGACUGUCCGGCUAAUCUGGCCUGUGUAAACCAGCGCUGCUCGAACCCAUGCAUCGGCGCUUGCGGCCUGCACUCCGUGUGCACGGUCAUUAAGCACCGACCAGCAUGCGAGUGUGUGCCAGGUUACACCGGAGAUCCCUUCUCAGGCUGUGCGGUCGUACAGCAAAUUGCCCCGUGGGACGAGACAAGAAAUCCGUGCAAUCCUAGCCCCUGCGGAGCAAAUGCCAUUUGCCGGGAGCGCAAUGGAGCUGGCUCUUGCGCCUGCCUGCCCGAGUACUUUGGUGAUCCGUACAGUGGAUGCCGACCGGAAUGUGUCCAGAACGACGACUGUGACCGCUCGCGUGCCUGUAUCAACAACAAGUGUCAGGAUCCAUGUCCCGGAGCCUGCGGCAUCAAUGCUGAAUGCAGGGUCCUUAAUCACGGACCGAACUGCAACUGUUUCGAUGGCUACACUGGAGAUCCGCAUCGCUCGUGCUCCUUGAUCGAGGUGGUCACCAUUCGACCGGAGCCAUGCAAGCCGUCACCCUGCGGACCGUACAGCCAGUGCUUGGACACCAACAGUCAUGCUGUGUGCAGCUGCUUAGAAGGCUACAUUGGAGCACCGCCUAGCUGCAAACCGGAAUGUGUGGUCAGUUCGGAGUGCCCACAAAACAGGGCUUGCAUCAACCAAAAGUGCGAGGAUCCUUGUCGAGGAUCGUGCGGCAAUAAUGCAAAAUGCCAAGUGGUAAACCACAACCCCAUUUGUACCUGCCAGCCUGGCAUGACAGGUGAUCCGAUAUCGGGCUGUGAGCCCACGCCCGAAGUCAAGAACGUGGAGAAUCCGUGUGUGCCGUCACCAUGUGGACCCAACUCUGUUUGCCGACAGAUUGGAAACCAGGCAGCUUGUUCCUGUAACGCGGGCUAUAUUGGACGCCCCCCCACUUGCCGACCGGAGUGUACAAACAAUGACGAGUGCCAGAACCAUCUUUCUUGUCAGCAGGAGCGCUGCGUGGAUCCAUGUCCUGGUUCGUGUGGUAGCAAUGCCAUCUGCCAGGUGGUGCAGCAUAAUGCUGUAUGCUCCUGCGCCGAUGGAUACGAAGGAGAGCCUCUCUUUGGCUGUCAGCUGAUUCCAGCUGUGACGCCCACCGAGUCCCCAUCAUCGCCCUGCGAACCAUCUCCAUGUGGUCCUCAUGCCGAGUGUCGGGAGAGGAAUGGUGCUGGAGCCUGCUACUGUCAUGAGGGAUUCGAGGGUAAUCCCUACGAUGCCCAACGAGGAUGCCGACGAGAAUGCGAGAAUAACGAUGAUUGUACCGCUGUCCAAGCGUGCUCUCGAUUCAAAUGCGUCGAUCCCUGCAACAAUAUUUGCGGAGACUAUGCCAUUUGCACAGUCGACAAACAUGUGCCCACUUGUGACUGCCCGCCUGGAUACACUGGAGAUCCGUUCUUCAGCUGCAAACCCGUGCCGGUCACAUCGCGUCCUCCGCUUAACCCAUGCAAUCCAUCUCCGUGUGGACCCAACAGCAAUUGUCGGGCCAUGAACAACCAGGCAGUGUGUUCUUGCCAGGCAGGAUUCAUCAACCAGCCGCCCAACUGCAAACCGGAAUGCGUGGUCAGCGCCGAAUGCGCUCCGGAAAAAGCAUGUGUCAACAAGAAGUGCGUUGAUCCCUGUCAGCAUACCUGCGGCAUCCGAGCCAUCUGCACCACCAAAAACCACAGCCCCAUCUGCACGUGCCCUCGAACAAUGACUGGAGAUCCGUUUGUUGAGUGCACUAGAGUUGCAAUCACCAAUGAAAAUACGACACCGUCGCCGGCUCCCGCAUCCUGUGUGCCUUCGCCUUGUGGACCCAAUGCCAAGUGUCAGAUCGUGGGCAAUAGUCCGGCAUGCUCCUGCCUGCCGAACUUCAUCGGGGCUCCGCCUCGCUGUCGCCCGGAGUGUGUGUUGAACUCGGAAUGCGGACCCACGGAGGCUUGCAUUAACCAAAAGUGUGCCGAUCCCUGCUCUGGAUCCUGCGGAUUUGAGGCCAAGUGCCAUGUGCUCAACCACCUGCCCAUCUGCAACUGCAUUGAGGGCUACGAGGGAGAUCCGUUUGUGCGUUGCACCAAGAAGGAAGAAGAUAGAUCUCCGCCACCCGAGAAUGAUCCUUGCAAGCCGAACCCGUGCGGACAAAAUGCAGAUUGCUUUGCAGGAGAGUGCCGCUGCCAAAAUAAUUACCAAGGCAAUGCCUACGAAGGAUGUCGUCCUGAGUGCACGCUCUCCGCGGACUGUCCUAGGGACAAGGCCUGUAUGCGAAAUCGCUGUGUGGAUCCCUGUCCAGGAAUCUGCGGUAACAAUGCCGUGUGCGAGGUGAUGAACCACAUUCCGGUGUGCUCAUGCGUCAAGGGCUACGAGGGUGACCCGUUCAUGAACUGCCGUGUGAAACCCGUUGUGGAGGACCCUAUUAUUGAGGCCUGCUCUCCAUCGCCAUGCGGUUCCAACAGUCAGUGUCGAGACGUUAACGGACAUGUGGUUUGCUCGUGCCUGGAAGGUUAUAUCGGAGCACCGCCCCAGUGCCGCCCAGAGUGUGUGGUGUCCAGCGAGUGCUCCGCCUUACAAGCUUGUGUCAACAAGAAGUGCGUAGAUCCAUGCGCCGCAGCUUGUGGUUUAGAGGCUCGCUGUGAGGUCAUCAAUCAUAGUCCGAUUUGUGGUUGCCCACCUGGCCGAACUGGAGAUCCGUUCAAGCAAUGCGUUGUCCUGCCACCGAUUCCUGCGCCAGAUGUAAAGACACCUCCUCAAGAUCCUUGCGUGCCAUCGCCUUGCGGACCCAACUCGAUAUGCAAGAAUGAUAGGAACGGUCCCGUCUGCCAAUGCCAACCAGAGUUCUUUGGCUCGCCACCCAACUGUCGGCCAGAGUGCAUCAUCAAUCCGGACUGUCAAUCUACGCAGGCGUGUAUCAACAACAAAUGCAGCAAUCCAUGCCCAGAAUCAUGCGGAACCAAUGCCGAGUGUCGUGUCAUUGGACACGCUGUGUCCUGCUCUUGUCCAGCUGGAUACGCCGGCAACGCCUUUGUUCAGUGUGUGCCACAGCAAGAGGAGCCACCGAAACCUUGCCAGCCAUCGCCAUGUGGUCCAAAUGCCGAGUGCAUUGAACGGAACGGAGCCGCUGCCUGCAAAUGUAUUGAUGAAUACCAGGGUAACCCGUACGAGGGUUGUCGUCCCGAAUGCGUACUGAGCUCAGAUUGUCCUACGGACAAGACAUGCAUCCGCAACAAGUGCCAGGAUCCUUGCCCAGGAAUUUGUGGAUUGAACGCCCAGUGCUAUGCUGUAAACCAUGUGCCCAACUGUGUCUGCGACGAUGGCUAUACUGGAGAUCCGUUCGCCAGUUGUCGUCGAGUGGAGGUCACAACACCGUCACCAGUUUCAGAUCCUUGCAUUCCAUCUCCCUGCGGAGCGAACAGCAAAUGUAGGGUCGCCAAUGGCUUAGCCGUUUGCUCAUGCUUGGAUACAUUUAUUGGAGCCCCACCGAAUUGCAAACCAGAGUGCACGGUUAACGCCGAAUGUCCUUCGACCAAGGCGUGCCAUAAGUUCCGUUGCGCUAAUCCUUGCGCCAAGACGUGUGGCCUGAAUGCCAAGUGUGAAGUGAUUAACCAUAAUCCCAUCUGUAGUUGUCCGUUGGACAUGACGGGUGAUCCGUUCGCACGAUGCUACCCAGCUCCGCCACCGCCGCCCCCAGGACCCAGGGAUGAGCCCGUUAGGAGACCAUGUCAACCCUCGCCAUGUGGAUUGAACUCGGAAUGCAGGGUGCGUGACGAUCAGGCCUCGUGCUCUUGCCUGCCCAACUUUAUAGGAGCACCACCCAACUGCCGACCCGAAUGUGUUGUAAACACGGAUUGUUCGCCGGAUCGAGCUUGCAUUGCCGAGAAGUGCCGUGAUCCUUGCGAUGGAUCCUGCGGAGUCGACUCCGAAUGUCGUGUUCAGAACCACUUGGCUAUCUGCACUUGCCGUGGAGGAUUUACCGGUGAUCCGUUUGUUCGUUGCUUCGAGUUAAUCGAAGAGAUCACAAAGUCACCUCCACUCACGCAGGAUCCUUGCGAUCUGCAGCCAUGCGGAUCGAAUGCGGAGUGCCGAAACGGUAUAUGUAGCUGCCUCUUGGACUACCAGGGAGAUCCCUACACCGGCUGUCGUCCAGAGUGUACAUUGAGUACUGACUGCGCACCUACCAAGGCUUGCUUAAACAAGAAAUGUGUUGAUCCUUGUCCAGGAGUAUGUGGGCAGAACUCGCAGUGUGAUGUUUCAAACCACAUACCGAUUUGCAGUUGCCUGCAGGGCUACACGGGCGAUCCGUUUGUUCACUGCCGCCACGAGACGCCAGUCGCCAAGGAUCCAUGCCAACCAAACCCCUGCGGACCCAAUAGCUUGUGCCACAUAUCCGGAAAAGGACCUGUAUGCGCCUGUCAACCGGGAAUGCUGGGUUCACCGCCCGCCUGCAAGCCGGAGUGCAUUGUCAGCUCCGAGUGCUCGUUGCACACUGCCUGUGUGAACAGGAAGUGCGUCGAUCCUUGCCCCGGAGCCUGUGGGCAAUUUGCACGCUGCCAGGUUAUCAACCACAACCCGUCGUGUUCGUGCAACACGGGCUACACUGGCGAUCCGUUCACCCGAUGCUACCAGGAGGAACGAAAACCACCUCCGACGCCAGAUAAUCCUUGCCAGCCAUCUCCUUGCGGACCCAAUUCCGAAUGCAAGGUGCUGAAUGGAAACGCGGCCUGCUCGUGUGCGGCCACCUUUAUUGGUACGCCACCAAGCUGUCGACCCGAGUGCUCCAUCAAUCCGGAAUGUCCACCAACCAAGGCCUGUAUUCGCCAAAAGUGCUCGGAUCCGUGUGUGAAUGCCUGUGGAUUUAAUGCCCGCUGCAAUGUGGCCAAUCAUCAACCCAUCUGCACAUGCGAUGUGGGCUAUACUGGAGAUCCGUUUACUGGCUGUCAAAAGGAGCAAGAACGCAUUGUCAAUGAGCAGGUUACUCCCUGCGAGCCCAAUCCCUGUGGCUCGAAUGCUGUUUGCCGUGAAAGGAAUGGCAUCGGUUCCUGCCAGUGCCUGCCCGAUCACUUUGGUGACCCGUAUCAGUCGUGUCGUCCGGAGUGCGUACGCCACUCGGACUGCGCCUCCAAUAAGGCGUGCCAGCAGCAGAAGUGUCGCGAUCCCUGCCCAGGCACCUGCGGCAGCAAUGCGGACUGCAGUGUUACGAACCACCUGCCCACCUGUACAUGUCGCAUUGGAUACACCGGUGAUCCGUACCGGUACUGCCACGUGGACCCACCCCAGCUCCCUGCCCGAGUGACCGAACCAUCUCAACCUUGCCGCCCCUCACCUUGUGGUCCCAACUCCCAGUGCCGCGAACUCAACGGUCAGGCCGUGUGCUCCUGCCUGGAGCUCCACAUCGGCCUGCCACCCAACUGCCGACCCGAGUGUGUAUUGAGCACAGAAUGUCCCACCGAUAAAGCUUGCAUCAGUCAACGUUGCCAGGAUCCGUGUCCAGGCACUUGUGGCAUCAAUGCCGAGUGCCGGGUUCGUAAUCAUAGUCCUCUGUGUCAGUGUCGUCAAGGUUUCACCGGUGAUUCCUUUACCCGUUGUUAUCCCCUGCCACCCCCGCCUCCUGUAAUCGAACGAGUUGAGCGUGAUCCUUGCCUGCCAUCGCCCUGCGGAUUGAAUAGCCAAUGCCGCAAUGUACAAGGUGUGCCGUCCUGUACCUGUCUGCCAGAGUUCUUGGGAGCACCACCCAACUGUAGGCCGGAGUGCACAAUCAGUGCUGAGUGUCCCUCAAAUCUCGCUUGCAUACGGGAGAAGUGUAUAGAUCCCUGUCCCGGUUCAUGUGGCUAUGCUGCUGAGUGUAGUGUAGUAAACCACACGCCCAUUUGCGUCUGUCCCGCUGGCUUUACCGGUGAUCCGUUCUCCAGUUGUCGUCCGGCGCCACCGCCAGAGCCCGUACAAAGCGAAUAUGUGGAUCCCUGCAACCCAUCACCUUGUGGCUCGAAUGCCCAAUGCAACGCAGGAAUCUGUACUUGUCUGGCCGAGUUCCAUGGCGAUCCCUACUCUGGUUGCCGUCCCGAGUGUGUUCUAAAUUCCGAUUGUCCCAGGGACAAGGCUUGCCAUCGCAGCAAGUGCGUUAACCCUUGUCCAGGAACUUGUGGCGAGAAUGCCAUUUGCGAUGUCAUCAAUCACAUACCCAUGUGCAGAUGUCCCGAACGCACCGCUGGCAGCGCAUUUAUCCGCUGCUCUCCUGUGCAGAUUACAGUAUCUAAUCCCUGCCGACCCUCACCUUGUGGUCCAAACUCGCAGUGCCGAGAGGUUAAUCAGCAAGCAGUGUGUUCGUGCCUGCCAAGCUUCAUUGGAGCUCCGCCAUCCUGCAGACCCGAGUGCACCUCGAAUGCGGAGUGUGCACCCACUCAAGCUUGCCUGAACCAACGGUGUGGAGAUCCCUGCCCCGGAACAUGUGGAGUGGGUGCUAAUUGCGCUGUUGUCAGCCAUAGCCCCUUCUGCACAUGUCCUGAGAGGUUUACGGGUAAUCCCUUCAUUCGUUGCCAGCCCCAGAUUGAACCUCCCGUUCGUGAUGUUGUGCCCGUUGAUCCCUGCCGCCCAUCUCCCUGUGGACCUUAUUCCCAGUGUCGACCUGUUGGCGAGGCCCCCGCCUGCUCCUGUCUGGAGACCUAUAUUGGACGUCCUCCAAACUGUCGACCAGAGUGUGUGACCAGCUCAGACUGCACCAGUCAAAUGGCCUGUGUGAACCAGAAGUGUGUCGACCCUUGUCCAGGACGCUGUGGCCUUAAUGCCGAUUGCUAUGUGGUUAGCCACGCCGUGCAAUGUAUUUGCCAGCAGGGCUUCAGCGGAGACCCGUUCGUGCAAUGCAAACCGGAGAUCGCAUAUGAAAAUGAAAUCCGUACUCCAUGCAGUCCGAGUCCUUGUGGCCCGAAUGCCGUAUGCCGCGAUCGCAACGGAGUAGGAUCCUGCCAGUGCCUGCCGCAAUACUUUGGAGAUCCUUACGCAGGCUGUCGCCCAGAGUGCAUGCUUGACUCGGACUGUCCGUCCAAUCGGGCUUGCCAACAAUUGAGAUGCCAGGACCCCUGCCCAGGAACCUGUGGACUGAAUGCCAACUGUCAAGUGGUGAACCAUCUGCCAACCUGCACUUGCCUGACCGGAUAUGUGGGUGACCCAUACCGGCAAUGUAAUCGACUGCCAGAACCUCCCCAAAACGAGUAUAUAAACCCAUGUCAGCCGACACCUUGUGGUCCCAACUCCCAGUGCCGCGUUUCGAAUGAGCAGGCGGUUUGCUCUUGCCUGCCUCUGUUCGUCGGAACUCCACCCUCCUGCCGACCCGAGUGUACCAUUUCCUCAGAGUGUUCCGCUGAUAGGGCCUGUGUUAAUCAGAAAUGUGUGGAUCCUUGCACAGCGGAUACAUGCGGAAAUAAUGCCAUAUGUAGGGUGCGCAACCACAGCCCUAUUUGCAGUUGCAUUAGCGGCUACACAGGCGACGCCUUCACUCGAUGCUACCCUAUUCCACCACCGAUUAUUGAGACCAAGGACGAACCUUUGAGGGAUCCCUGUGUACCAACACCCUGUGGUCCUAACUCCGAGUGCCGUAAUAUCAAUGGUGUGCCUGCCUGUUCCUGUCUGGCUAAUUUCAUUGGCCAGGCACCAAAUUGUCGACCUGAGUGCACGAUCAACUCCGAAUGUCCCAGUCAGCUGGCGUGUAUUAACCAAAAGUGUCGCGAUCCCUGUCCAGGAGCCUGCGGUCAAAACGCCAUUUGCAGUGUCAUUAAUCAUACACCACUGUGCGCCUGCAUCGAUGGUUACAUAGGAAAUCCAUUUACCAGCUGCAACCCCAAACCUCCAGAACCCCCAGCACCACCAGUUGCCGACGACCCUUGCAAUCCAUCGCCUUGCGGAGCUAAUGCUCAGUGCCAAAAUGGCCAAUGCUCUUGUAUACCUGAGUACCAAGGGGAUCCAUACGUCUCCUGUCGUCCUGAGUGUGUGCUUAACACCGAUUGCCCAAGGGAUCGAGCCUGUGUGCGCAAUAAAUGCAUCGAUCCCUGUCCUGGAACUUGUGGGGUAAACGCCUUGUGCGAAGUUAACAACCAUAUCCCCAUUUGCCGUUGUCCAGAGCAAAUGUCUGGUAAUGCCUUCUUCGAGUGUCGACCUGAGCCCCCUGCCAAGAUUCAAAAUCCCUGCCAGCCGUCGCCGUGUGGCCCGAACAGCCAGUGCCGCGUGGUGCAACAAACUGCGGUCUGCUCCUGCCUGGCCAACUACGUGGGCAGCCCGCCGCAAUGUCGGCCGGAAUGUGUAACCAACUCAGACUGCCCUGCCGAUCAGGACUGCCAAAAUAUGAAGUGUCGCGACCCGUGUCCUGGCACUUGUGGCUUUAAUGCUCUGUGCAACGUCGUCAACCACCGUCCCUUCUGCAGCUGCCCCAGUGGCAUGUCCGGAAAUCCUUUCGUGAGCUGUCAGCAGCAAAUUGUACGCGAUGAAAGACCUAAAAAUCCCUGCCAGCCAUCUCCUUGUGGUCCCAACUCCGAAUGUCGUGUAUCUGGAGACUCGCCAUCUUGUUCAUGUCUACCUGAAUUUGUGGGAGCACCGCCUAACUGCCGCCCCGAGUGCAUAUCCAACUCUGAGUGCCCCUCAAACCAGGCUUGUAUUAACCAGAAAUGUGUGGAUCCCUGCCCUGGGCUGUGUGGUCAGAAUGCCGUUUGUCGGGUGUUUAGUCAUAGUGCCAUGUGCUUGUGUGACGGUGGCUUCACCGGAGAUCCGUUUAGUCAGUGUAGUCCAAUAAGAGACAGUCCUCCUGAAGUUCUGCAGCCCUGCAACCCAAGUCCUUGCGGCGUCAAUGCCAAGUGUGAGGAACGUGGUGGGGCAGGAUCCUGCCAGUGUCUGCCUGAUUACUUUGGAAAUCCCUAUGAUGGCUGUCGUCCCGAGUGCGUUCUGAACUCUGACUGCCCUUCAAAUCAGGCAUGUGUCAACCAGAAAUGUCGUGACCCCUGUCCCGGCACCUGCGGCCAAAACGCCGAGUGCCAGGUGAUCAAUCACUUGGCCACCUGUAAUUGUUUGGUUGGAUACACCGGCGACCCGUACAGCAUAUGCCGCAUCACAGUCAAUGAGCCGCCCGAACGUGUCUAUGUGAACCCGUGUCAGCCGUCUCCAUGCGGUCCAAACUCUCAAUGUCGUGAAGUAAACGAGCAAGGAGUUUGUUCCUGCUUGCCAGAGUUCAUUGGCAGUCCGCCUGCCUGUCGUCCGGAAUGCACCAGCAGCUCGGAGUGCGCCGCCGACAAGGCUUGUGUGAAUCGCAAAUGUGUGGAUCCUUGUCCAAACGUUUGUGGUCAGCAGGCCGAGUGUCGCGUGCGUAACCACAAUCCCAUUUGUACUUGCCUCAGUGGAUUCACUGGUGAUCCAUUCACCCGCUGCUACCGUCAGCCGCCUCCCCCUCCAGUCAUCGAACGUGAACCCCUUGACCCUUGUGUUCCUUCACCCUGCGGUGCAAACUCUCAGUGUCGCGAAAUUCACGGCACACCAUCCUGCUCCUGUCUCCCGCAAUAUUUGGGCACCCCACCUAAUUGCCGCCCGGAAUGUUCCAUCAAUGCCGAAUGUCCCAGUCAUCAGGCCUGUAUUAAUCAAAAAUGCAGGGACCCCUGCCCUGGCUCUUGUGGUCUUAACACUCAGUGCAAUGUCAUCAACCAUACGCCUAUCUGCAGUUGUCUCUCGGGUUAUAUAGGUGACCCAUUCAGCGUUUGCAACCCACAGCCAAUACCCGAGAAAAUCCGAGACCCAUUGCCACCGGAGGACCCAUGCAACCCAUCACCAUGUGGCUCUAACACACAAUGUAACAACGGAGUUUGUUCUUGCCUGCCCGAAUACCAUGGUGACCCGUACAGCGGAUGUCGGCCAGAGUGCGUUCUACACACGGAUUGUGACCGUAGUCGAGCUUGUGUCCGUCACAAGUGUGUUGAUCCCUGUCCCGGUAUUUGUGGCACCAAUGCGAUAUGCGAGGUUCUUAACCACAUACCCAACUGCCGCUGCUUAGAAGGAAUGCAAGGCAAUGCCUUUAUCCAGUGCAGCCCAGUUCCACAGCUCGACGUCGUACAGAAUCCGUGCCAACCCUCACCCUGUGGGCCAAACUCACAGUGUCGCGUUGUUAAUCAGCAAGCAAUCUGCUCUUGCAUCACAUCCUUCAUUGGAAGUCCGCCAUUCUGCCGACCUGAAUGCACCACAAACUCGGAGUGUCCCUUGAACCUGGCGUGUCGCAACCAGAAGUGCAGUGACCCCUGUCCUGGCGUCUGUGGUCGCGGUGCUCAAUGCCAUGUGACUAACCACAGUCCAUUCUGCCGCUGCCUAGAGCGCUACACGGGUAAUCCGUUUGUGAGCUGCCAGCAGAUCAUCGAACCCCCGGUUCCACCGCCACGACAAACUUGCCUGCCAUCUCCCUGCGGACCGUAUUCCCAAUGUCGUGAAGUUAACGAAUCACCUUCUUGCACUUGCCUGCCAGAGUACAUUGGAGCUCCACCUAACUGUCGGCCAGAGUGCGUGACCAGCUCAGAGUGUCCAACGAAUCAGGCGUGUAUUCAGCAGAAGUGUCGCGAUCCUUGCGCUGGGCUAUGUGGACAAUCUGCGGAAUGCCGUGUCCUUUCGCACACGCCAAGCUGCGUUUGUCCCGAAGGCAUGGAAGGUGAUCCGUUCACUUUAUGUAGGGAAAAGAGGAUUCAGGAACUAGACCAGCUAGACCCGUGCAGUCCCAGUCCUUGUGGAAUCAAUGCCCGAUGUACUUCCCGCCAAGAUGCCGGUUCAUGUCAGUGCCUGCCAGAAUACUUUGGAAAUCCUUACGAGGGAUGUCGCCCUGAGUGCGUCCUUAAUUCGGACUGCCCAUCGAACAAGGCUUGUCAACAGCAGAAGUGUCAGGAUCCCUGUCCAGGAACAUGCGGUCAGAAUGCUCUCUGCAAUGUCCUGAAUCAUGUACCCAGCUGUAGCUGUAUAUCAGGAUAUUCCGGUGAUCCUUACCGCUCGUGUGUGCCAGAACCGAUCAAGGAAUACGUCAAUCCCUGCCAGCCAUCACCUUGUGGUCCGAAUUCUCAGUGCCGUGAGGUGAAUGAACAAGCCAUAUGCUCCUGUCUUCCGGAAUAUGUGGGAGCUCCGCCUGUGUGUCGCCCUGAGUGUACGAUAUCUUCAGAGUGCCCGACUGACAAGGCCUGUGUGAACCAGAAAUGUGUUGACCCUUGCCCAAGCACUUGUGGUGAUCAAGCGAUCUGUCGAGUGGUAAACCACAGUCCGAUUUGCUCAUGUCGUGCCGGUUACACCGGUGACGCCUUCUUCCGCUGUUUCCCUAAGCCCCCGGUACCACCAACACCAGUACAAAAGACUCCAGUUGAUCCCUGUGUGCCCUCUCCUUGUGGCCCCUACUCCCAGUGUCGAUCCCAGGGAGAUGCCCCCGCCUGUUCCUGUUUGGUCGGGUACAUAGGAGCCCCUCCAAAUUGCCGACCCGAAUGUCGCAUCAACGCGGAGUGUCCCAGCAGUCAAGCGUGUAUUAAUGAGAAAUGCAGAGAUCCUUGCCCAGGCUCUUGCGGCUAUGGUGCCAUUUGCAAUGUGGUCAAUCACACGCCUAGCUGCACCUGUCCAGCAGGCUACUCUGGUGAUCCAUUUAGUCAGUGUCAGCCCCUGCCACCUCCGCCUCCAACACCCGUUAAGCUUGAAGAUCCAUGCAACCCCUCACCCUGCGGUCCAAACGCUCAGUGCAAUAAUGGAGUGUGUACUUGCAUUCCCGAAUACCAUGGCGAUCCCUACAGUAGUUGCCGACCCGAGUGCAUCACAAGCGCGGAUUGCUCACGUGAACUUGCCUGUUCGAGGAACAAGUGCUUCGAUCCAUGCCCCGGUACCUGUGCCCCCAAUGCCAUUUGUACUGUCCUUAACCAUGUGCCCAUGUGCACUUGUCCGGAGGGAUAUAAUGGCAAUGCAUUCGUUCAGUGUAAACCUACACCACCCCCCGUCCUUGUCCAGCCUUGCCAACCCUCUCCGUGUGGACCCAACUCCCAAUGCCGCGAAGUCAACCAGCAAGCUGUUUGCUCAUGUGUACCAGGAUACAUCGGAACCCCGCCACUCUGUCGACCGGAGUGUACGUCGAACUCGGAGUGUGUGUCCCACCUAGCGUGUGUUAACCAAAAGUGCACUGAUCCCUGCCCGGGUUCAUGUGGCCGUAAUGCCCAGUGCAGUGUGGUUAACCACAAUCCUUUCUGUACGUGCUUGCCAAGGUUCACUGGUAAUCCUUUCGUGGGUUGUCAGCAGAUUAUCGAGCCACCACGUCAAGAUAUUGUGCCACAGGACCCGUGCCGACCUUCACCUUGUGGUCCGAACUCUGAAUGUCGCGCCGUUGGUGAGACACCAACUUGUACAUGCCUUGCUGAUUUUGUAGGCUCACCGCCGUAUUGCAAACCCGAAUGCGUGGCCAAUUCAGAGUGUCCCUCGAACCUGGCGUGUAUCAAUCAAAAGUGCCGCGAUCCCUGUCCUGGAUUGUGCGGUUCAAGUGCUACUUGCCGCGUCGUCUCACACACAGCAAUGUGCAUUUGUGAUGCUGGUUUGACCGGAGAUCCCUUCACACAAUGCCAACCCGUCGUGCAGGAUGUUGAGAUCAUAAAUCCAUGCCAACCAUCGCCUUGCGGAGCCAAUGCCGAGUGCAUCCAACGGAAUGGAGCCGGAGCCUGCCAGUGUCUCACAGACUAUUUCGGAAAUCCCUACGAAGGCUGUCGCCCGGAGUGUGUUCUGAACUCGGACUGCCCAGCAAACAGAGCUUGUCAGCAGCAGAAGUGCCGUGAUCCUUGUCCCGGAAGCUGCGGACAGAACGCCGAAUGCAAUGUGGUGAACCACACACCGAUGUGCAACUGCUUCGCUGGAUUUAUAGGCGAUCCGUACCGCUAUUGUAGCCAACCGCCAGAACCUAUUGUCCAUGAGUAUGUGAACACCUGUCAACCGUCCCCUUGUGGCCCGAACUCAAAUUGUCGCGAGGUUAAUGAACAGGCAGUAUGCUCCUGCCGUCCCGAAUUUGAGGGAGCCCCACCCAAUUGCCGGCCACAGUGCACCUCGAGCUCAGAGUGCGCCCCCAACAGGGCGUGCAUCAAUCAAAAAUGCAUUGAUCCGUGUCCUGGUGUUUGUGGCCAGCAAGCCAUCUGUGAGGUUCGCAACCACAGUCCAAUUUGUAGGUGUCCCACCGCCCUGAUCGGCGAUCCCUUCGUGCGCUGUUUACCCCGACCAACAAUUGCACCGCCACCCUUGAGGGAUGUAGCUCCCUAUCGCGAUCCCUGCCUCCCCUCACCAUGUGGCCUGUAUGCGUCGUGCAGGAAUCAACAGAACCAAGCGAUUUGCUCUUGUUUGCCGAACUAUUUCGGUACUCCGCCCCAUUGUCGUCCCGAGUGCACCAUCAAUGCAGAGUGCCCAAGCCACUUGGCAUGCAUUGGCGAGCGAUGCCGUGAUCCCUGUCCAGGUGCUUGUGGUCAACAGACCGAGUGCCGUGUAAUCAGUCACGUUCCCAGUUGCGUUUGCCUUCGCGGCUAUGUGGGCGAUGCAUUCCUGGCCUGCCACCCGGCACCACCGCCACCAUCUCGUGAAGAGCCCCGCGAUCCAUGCAACCCCAGUCCAUGCGGCAGCAAUGCCAUCUGUUCUAAUCAGGGCGAGUGUACAUGUGUGGCUGACUAUCAGGGAGACCCCUAUGUGGCCUGCAGACCCGAGUGUGUUCUCAGUUCCGAGUGUCCCCGAAAUCUGGCCUGUAUACAACAGAAGUGUACCGAUCCUUGUCCCGGAACCUGUGGCACCAAUGCUAUCUGCGAUGUGGUCAACCACAUUGCCAUGUGCCACUGUCCCGAUCGAAUGACAGGAAAUGCUUUUGUCCAAUGUACUCCAGUUCAGCUUGAUGUGUACCGUAACCCUUGCAAUCCCUCGCCAUGCGGCUCCUAUGCUGAAUGUCGAGAGCAGAACGGUCAAGCGGUGUGCAGUUGCCUCCCCAACUACUUUGGGGUGCCUCCCUCGUGUCGACCAGAGUGUAGCACCAACUACGAUUGUUCCCCAAGCUUGGCGUGUCAGAAUCAGCGCUGCGUCGAUCCUUGUCCUGGAGCUUGUGGCGCUUUUGCCGAGUGCCGAACUGUCAAUCACAGUCCUUUCUGUAGUUGCAGACCCGGCUAUACGGGAAAUCCCAUUGUCCAAUGUCAUAUGAUUAUUGAGCCACAGCGGGAUAUUACGCCCAAAGAUCCUUGCCAGCCCUCACCCUGUGGUCCAAACAGCGAAUGUCGCCGCGCAGGAGAAACACCCUCCUGCUCUUGCCUGUCCAACUUCUUUGGCACCCCGCCCAACUGUCGACCUGAAUGUGUCUCCAAUUCCGAGUGCAGUCAGGUGAACGUUUGCACGAAUAACCGCUGCAAGGACCCGUGCCCGGGUCUCUGCGGAACUGAUGCCGUAUGCCGCGUGAUAAGCCACAGUGCUAUGUGCUACUGUCAGCCGGGUUACAGCGGCGAUCCGUUCGUUCGCUGUGCACCACACGUCCAAAGGGAAUCGAUUGAGAUAGUGCAACCCUGCAACCCUAAUCCUUGUGGCGCCUUUGCCGAGUGUCGUCAGCAGAAUGGAGUCGGAUCUUGUCAAUGUCUACCGGAGUACUUCGGCAAUCCUUAUGAAGGAUGUCGUCCGGAAUGUACUCUUGACUCUGAUUGCUCCGCUCAGCUGGCCUGUGUCAAUCAGAAAUGCCGUGAUCCCUGUCCCGGAAGCUGCGGAUCAAAUGCCGAAUGCUUUGUACGCAAUCACCUGCCUACUUGCAACUGCCUCAGUGGCUAUGUGGGUGACCCCUAUCGGUAUUGUAGCAUUGAACCGAAACCCAUUCGGGAAUAUGUUAACCCCUGUCAACCCUCUCCUUGUGGUCCUAACUCUCAGUGCCGCGAGCAGAAUGGUGUGGCCACAUGCUCUUGCUUGCCAGAAUAUGUGGGCACUCCGCCGGGUUGUCGGCCCGAGUGCACGGUAUCUUCUGAGUGCAAUCUUGACAAGGCCUGCAUUCGUCACAAGUGCCUGGAUCCUUGUCCUGGUGCCUGCGGCAGCUCUGCCAACUGCCAGGUGGUGAACCACGCUCCACUCUGCUCUUGUCAAGCGGGUUAUACAGGAGACCCAUUUACUCGAUGCUACCCAAUUCCCCCUCCACCUACGCAUAUUGUCCAUGAUUACACGCGCGAUCCAUGCCAACCAUCUCCCUGCGGAGCUAAUGCCCAAUGUAGACAAUCCCAAGGGCAAGCCAUCUGCUCCUGCAUACCCAACUACUUCGGUGUUCCACCCAAUUGUCGACCCGAGUGCACUCAAAGCUCAGAGUGUCUGUCCAGUCUGGCCUGCAUCAAUCAACGAUGCGCGGAUCCCUGUCCUGGCUCCUGUGCCUACAACGCCAUUUGCCAUGUGCGUAAUCACGUGCCCAGUUGUCAGUGCCCAGUGGGCUAUGUAGGUGAUCCGUUCUCCAACUGUCACCCUGAACCUCAGCCACCACCCAAACCCGUUGCUCUCGAUGAUCCGUGCUAUCCAUCGCCCUGUGGCGCCAAUACUGUGUGUCAAAAUGGUCAAUGUUCGUGUAAACCCGAGUACCAAGGAGAUCCUUAUACCGGCUGUAGGCCCGAAUGUGUGUUAAAUGCGGAUUGUGCGCGAAAUCGUGCUUGUGUUCGACAUAAGUGUGUGGAUCCCUGUCCGGGAACGUGUGCACCGAAUGCCGUCUGCGAUGUAAUUAACCACAUAGCCAUGUGUCGUUGUCCGGAGCGUAUGACAGGCAAUGCUUUUAUCCAAUGUGAAACCCCGCCAGUGUCGCUGGCACCUCCAGAUCCGUGUUACCCAUCGCCGUGCGGGCCGAACAGUCGGUGCCGUGUGUUCAACAACAACGCUGUGUGUUCCUGUAUAGAGGAUUUCAUUGGAACCCCACCAAAUUGCCGACCGGAGUGCACGCAUAACUCAGAUUGCCUGCCUAGACUGGCGUGCCAGAGGCAGCAUUGUAUAGAUCCGUGUCCAGGAACUUGUGGCUUUAAUGCACUUUGCCACGUUGUGAACCAUGCGCCCAUAUGCAGUUGUCCACCAAAGCACAAUGGAAACCCCUUCUUGGGAUGCUUCCCGGAACCCGUGCGACGCGACGAGUUGGUUCCAAAGAACCCGUGCCAGCCCUCGCCUUGUGGGCCAUAUGCUACAUGCACUACCGUGGGCGACCAGGCGCAGUGCCGUUGCCUGCCGGAGUACAUUGGAACUCCACCGAGCUGCCGCCCGGAGUGUAUCACCAAUUCGGAAUGCUCCUUCGACAAGGCAUGUUUAAACCAAAGAUGUCGCGAUCCCUGCUCGGGAACUUGUGGUUCCAACGCCAAUUGCCACGUUAUUAGCCAUAGUGCCAUGUGCUACUGUUUACCAGGAUUUACUGGGGACCCGUUCACUUCCUGUGGCCAAGUACCAGUGAUUCAGCAAAUUGAGGUCGUUCAACCUUGCUCUCCCAAUCCUUGCGGAGCCAAUGCUGUAUGUCGCCACGAGGGUCAUGUUGGUUCUUGCCAAUGCCUUCCCGAAUACUACGGAAAUCCUUACGAGAUAUGUCGGCCGGAAUGUGUAACGAAUAACGACUGUCCAUCGAAUAAGGCUUGUCAACAGCAGAAGUGUCGCGAUCCUUGUCCAGGAGUCUGUGCUCUCAAUGCCUUAUGUCGCGUGAUCGAUCACUUACCAACUUGUCAUUGUCAGAACGGCUUUGUUGGUGAUCCAUAUCGCUAUUGCCAAAUUCCCGAAAAACCUGUCCUUAAAGAAUAUGUCAAUCCCUGCCAGCCUUCCCCGUGUGGCCCCAACUCGAAGUGCCGUGAAAACAACGAGCAGGCCAUCUGCUCAUGUCUGCCCGAGUACGUCGGUGCUCCACCCAAUUGUCGACCUGAGUGCGUGACCAGUUCAGAGUGUCCUCAUGACAAGGCAUGCAUUAGGCAAAAGUGUAGUGAUCCCUGCCCCGGUGUGUGUGGCUCAAAUGCCGAUUGCCGUGUUAUCCAGCAUGCUCCUAUUUGUAGUUGUCGUGCAGGAUUCACAGGCGAUGCCUUCUCACGCUGCUUACCCCUGCCACCCCCACGACCACCUCAGUUGGAUGUAUACCGCAAUCCUUGUGUACCUUCGCCUUGUGGCCAGUAUGCAGAGUGUCGGGAUAACCAGGGAACUGCCACUUGCAGUUGUCAGCCCUCCUAUUUUGGCACCCCGCCCAACUGUCGCCCCGAGUGUACGAUAAAUCCCGACUGCCCCUCUCAUUUGUCCUGCCAACAACAGCGUUGUCGCGAUCCCUGUCCCGGAGCCUGUGGAUUCAAUGCAUUGUGCACAGUUAUUAACCACAAUCCCACGUGUCAGUGUGCUCCUGGAUUUAUUGGCAAUGCCUUUACAUCCUGCCAUAUACCACCUCCAAUUGUUCGGGACCCCCCUCAAAUUAGUGAUCCAUGCGCAUUGAUCUCUUGCGGCCCCAAUGCUGUUUGCAAUCAAGGGCAAUGUACUUGUCUGCCGGAAUUUGUGGGUAACCCAUUAGUUGGAUGUCGUCCGGAAUGUGUGUUGAGUACAGAAUGCGACUGGAACAAGGCGUGCGUGAGAAACAAGUGCAUCGAUCCAUGUCCAGGAACUUGCGGAUCCAAUGCCAUAUGUGAGGUGCACAGACAUGUUGCCAUGUGUCAUUGUCCACCUGGAAUGACUGGAAAUGCCUUCAGCCAAUGCCGACAGUUGCCACCAGCUCCGGUACGCGAUGUUAUAGACCCUUGUCAGCCUUCGCCAUGCGGACCAAAUGCCCAGUGCCGCAAUAUCAACGGACAAGCAGUGUGCUCAUGUCUUCGGGAUUUCAUCGGAGUUCCACCUUCAUGUCGGCCAGAGUGCGUUAGUAAUGCUGAGUGCCCACUUCAUCUGGCUUGCCUUCAACGACAUUGCCGAGAUCCAUGUCCCGGAGUCUGUGGCCUGAAUGCCGAAUGCCGGGUCAUAAAUCACAGCCCGAACUGCCAUUGCAUUGGCUCCUUUACGGGAAAUCCGUUCGCGGCUUGUCACCGGCCACCACCGCCACCGAUUAAGCAUGAACCCAUUGAUCCUUGUCAACCAUCACCGUGUGGAGCUAAUGCGGAAUGCCGUGUUCAGGGAAGCAGUGCUCAAUGCAAUUGUCUAAGUGGUUUCAUUGGAACACCACCCAACUGCCGACCCGAGUGCGUGUCCAACUCAGAUUGUCCCACGAAUCUGGCUUGCCUUAAUCAGAAGUGCCGAGAUCCAUGUCCAGGUGUCUGUGGCUCCAAUGCUGAAUGCUAUGUGAUUAACCAUACACCCAUGUGCACAUGCCUUGCCGGACAAACCGGCAAUCCUUUUGUAGGCUGUCAAGUGAUGCGAGAUGUUCCCGAGCCACAAACUCCCUGUGUGCCCAGUCCAUGCGGAGCCAAUGCACUUUGUUCUGAAAGAAACGGAGCCGGAGCCUGUCAAUGCCUUCCGGAAUUCUAUGGCAAUCCCUAUGAAGGCUGCCGACCGGAGUGCGUUCUCAAUUCGGACUGUCCCAGCCACUUGGCGUGUCUUAACCAACACUGCCGCGAUCCCUGUCCCGGAACAUGUGGUAUCAACGCCGAAUGUCAAGUGCGCGAGCACUUGCCCCAAUGCAACUGCCAUGUUGGAUAUCAGGGAAACCCCUACGUUUACUGUAGUGUCCUGCGUGAACCACUGCCUGAACCAGUUUCCUCCCGCCCUUGUCAGCCGUCACCUUGUGGUCCGAACUCUCAGUGUCGGGAGUCAAACAACCAGGCAAUUUGCAAGUGCCUGCCCGACUUUAUUGGAUCCCCACCUGCAUGUAGACCCGAGUGCACCAUCUCCAGUGAAUGUGAUUUGACCCUUGCUUGUGUUCAACAACACUGUGUCGAUCCCUGUCCCGGUGUCUGCGGCAAUAGUGCCCAGUGUCGGGUCAUAAAUCACAGUCCCCACUGCAGUUGCUUGCCUGGUUUCACGGGUGAUGCCAUUAGUGGUUGCCAACGGAUUCCACCCGCCAUUAGUUACGAUCCCCCCAAAGAGACCCACCGCGAUCCCUGUGUUCCCUCUCCCUGCGGAGCCUUUGGUCAGUGCCGAGCUCAAGGCAACCAGGCUGUAUGCUCAUGCCUUCCUGGCUACUACGGAGCACCACCAAAUUGUAGACCGGAAUGUGAAAUUAACCCGGACUGCCCGUCCCAUUUGGCAUGUAUCAGUGAAAAAUGUCGCGAUCCAUGUCCCGGUUCUUGUGGCCUGCAGGCCCAAUGCAGCGUCAUAAACCACACACCCAUCUGUAGUUGUCCAUCAGGCUAUCAGGGCAACCCCUUCAUCAGCUGUCAACGAAUCCCUCCACCGCCGACUCCACCCCUUCGCGAUGCCUGCAAUCCCUCACCUUGUGGCUCCAAUGCAAUCUGCAGCCCCGGAGGCCAGUGUUCAUGUCUGCCCGACUUUGAUGGCAACCCCUACGUGGGCUGCCGACCUGAGUGCGUCCUCAAUACGGACUGCGCAAGAGACAAAGCCUGCCAGCGCAGCAAGUGCACAGAUCCUUGUCCAGGAGCUUGUGGUAUUGGAGCAGUUUGCGAGGUGCGCAAUCACAUUCCCACGUGUAAUUGCCCACCCGGAACGACGGGCAAUGCUUUCGUUCAGUGCACCCUUGUGCAAUCUUCACCCGUGGUGCCCUUAAACCCUUGCCAACCAUCACCGUGCGGAAACAAUGCCCAAUGCCGAGAGGUUAAUGAUCAGGCCGUUUGCUCUUGUCUACCCGGUUUCUUUGGUGUUCCACCAAAGUGUCGACCCGAGUGUACCAUUAACUCAGACUGUGCCCCACAUUUGGCCUGCUUGAACCAACAGUGUAGAGAUCCUUGUCCUGGAGCUUGCGGCCAGUUCGCUCAAUGCCAGGUCAUCCGGCAUGUUCCGCACUGUAGUUGUCCUUCAGGCUACUCAGGCAACGCUUUCUUCCUGUGUCAUCGCAUACCACCACCACCACCAGUCCAACGAGAACCGCUCAAUCCCUGCUAUCCAUCGCCAUGCGGACCCAAUGCCGAAUGCACAAAUCAGAAUGAACAGGCCAUUUGCAAGUGCCUAAAGGACUACAUAGGAACACCACCCAACUGUCGACCAGAGUGCAUAACGUCAUCAGAGUGUCCGCUUCAGCUGGCUUGUAUUGGUCAGAAAUGCAAGGAUCCUUGUUCAGGGCUCUGCGGAAACGCUGCCACCUGUCAAGUUGUCAGCCACGUGCCUUCGUGUAUUUGCGUUGCAGACUAUAUUGGAGAUCCCUACACUGGAUGCUAUGCCCGGCCGCCCAUUCAGCGAGAGCAAAUCAAUCCAUGCUACCAGAACCCGUGCGGAAGCAAUGCGAUCUGCAGAGAGCGUGGAGAAGUCGCUUCGUGUCAGUGUCUACCGGAAUAUUACGGAAACCCGUAUGAAGGAUGUCGACCCGAAUGUGUGCUUAAUUCGGACUGCUCUAGCCACUUGGCUUGCCUCAAUCAACACUGUCGAGAUCCCUGUCCGGGAAGUUGCGCGCCCAAUGCCCAAUGUCAAGUAGUCAAUCACGUGCCCAGCUGUAGUUGUUAUCCUGGAUAUAGUGGCGAUCCGUAUCGCCAUUGCCAUGUGGUCCAGGCAGAACCCUUUGAAGUUGUGCACUCUAAUCCCUGCCAACCCUCGCCGUGUGGUCCCAACUCACAGUGCACCGAGUCUCAGGGCCAAGCGGUGUGUCGCUGUCUGCCCGAUUACUAUGGUUCCCCACCUGCUUGUCGACCCGAGUGCACCACUAAUCCCGAAUGUCCCAAUGAUAAAGCCUGCGUGGCUAGAAGAUGCACCGAUCCUUGCGCGGGUGCUUGUGGUCAGAACGCUAUUUGUCGAGCGCAUCAGCACAGAGCUUAUUGCUCGUGUCAUCCUGGCUAUACAGGUGAUGCCUUCAUGCGCUGCCAGUUCUUGCCUCCGCCCCAACCGAUUAGGGAUUCGCCAGUAAUCUAUAGAGACCCCUGUGUGCCGUCGCCCUGUGGACAGUUUGCACAGUGUCGCGUUGAGUACGAACAAGCGGUAUGCUCUUGUCUUACCUCCUACUACGGUACUCCGCCAUACUGUCGACCCGAGUGCACACAGAAUUCAGAUUGUCCCAGCCAUAGGUCCUGUGUCAAUCAAAGGUGCGUGGAUCCGUGCCCCGGGGCAUGUGGUCUACACGCGCGAUGCGAUGUGCUCAAUCACGUGCCUAGCUGUUCAUGUCCCAAAGGUUAUGUGGGAGAUCCCUUCUACCGCUGUUACCCUGCUCCCGCGCCUCCUCCAACACCUGUUACCGUCGUGGCCAAUGAUCCUUGUCAGCCAUCGCCCUGCGGUCCCAAUGCCCAGUGUUCGAACGGUGUCUGCAAUUGUCUGCCCCUGUACCAGGGUGAUCCCUAUGUGGGCUGUCGCCCGGAGUGCGUGUUAAGUACAGAGUGUCCGUGGGACAAAGCCUGCAUCCGCAAUCGUUGCUUGGACCCGUGUCCCGGAACGUGCGGAUCAGGAGCCACAUGCCAGGUACAUAAUCAUGUGGCCAUGUGCCAGUGUCCGGCUGGCUAUCAGGGCAAUCCAUUUGUACUGUGCCAGCAAACACCUCUUCAAGCACCCGCAAAACUCCAUCCCUGCCAGCCUUCACCUUGUGGACACCAUGGAGAGUGUCGUGAAGUUGGUUCGCAAGCCAUUUGCACUUGCCUUCCCGGUUAUUAUGGCAGCCCACCGGCUUGUCGACCCGAAUGUGUCAGCGAUCCGGAGUGUCCACCCAGUUUGGCCUGUGUAAAUCAAAAAUGCCGCGAUCCCUGUCCUGGUACCUGUGGUCGCUUAGCCCAAUGUCAUGUAAUUAAUCACAGUCCACAGUGUGUUUGCCCUGCUGGAUACACUGGAAGUCCUUACUCCGAGUGCCACCUGAUUAGGACAGAUUACUCACCAGUUCAGCGUCAACCCAUUGAUCCCUGCUCGCCAUCUCCCUGUGGGCCUCAUGCUCAAUGCAGCAAUGAGGGAGGCAAUGCAGUUUGUCGAUGCCUGGCGGAAUACCUGGGAGUACCACCGUACUGUCGACCCGAAUGCAUCGCCAACAGCGAGUGUCCCAGUGACAGGGCAUGUAUUAACCGGAAGUGCCAGGAUCCAUGUCCCGGCCUGUGCGGGUACAAUGCCAUUUGUCGAACUUACAAUCACCAGCCCAACUGUGUUUGUGCUCCUGGUUUGGUGGGUAAUCCCUUCAACUCCUGCCUGCCCCCCACGCGUCCUGAUAUUCCAACAACACCUCCCACAACUGCCAUACAAGUGCUUCAGUAUGAGGAACCAUUCAUCAAUGGAUGUGAACCAAAUCCCUGUGGGGCAAACGCGCAAUGCAAUCAGCGAAGGGGAGUAGUCUCUUGCGUCUGUCUGCCAGACUAUUUUGGCAACCCUUACGAAGCCUGCCGACCCGAGUGUAUUCUGAACUCCGAUUGUGGCUCGAGUAGAGCAUGUGUACAACAAAAAUGUCGCGAUCCAUGUCCCGGAACUUGUGGCCUGAAUGCCGAGUGUCAUGUCCUGGAUCAUCUGCCACAGUGCAGAUGUUUCAGUGGGUACACUGGAAAUCCUUUGGCGUACUGCUCACCAGUGCCAAUAGUCCAAGAGUCUCCUUUGACCCCCUGUGAUCCCUCACCUUGUGGACCCAAUGCCCAGUGUCAACCGUCGCUCAAUGAAGCCGUGUGCUCCUGUUUACCCGAAUUCUACGGAACCCCACCCAAUUGUCGACCCGAGUGUACUCUAAACUCUGAGUGUGCUUAUGAUAAGGCUUGCGUACAUCACAAGUGUGUUGAUCCCUGUCCUGGAAUUUGCGGUGUUAAUGCCGAAUGUCGCGUGCACUAUCACAGUCCCAUAUGUUAUUGCAUUUCAUCGCAUACGGGUGAUCCAUUCACACGAUGCUACGAAACCCCAAAACCCUUGCGACCCCAAAUAUACGACACGCCUUCUCCUCCAUAUCCGGUCGCUAUACCCGAUCUGGUUUAUGUACAAGAACAACAACCGGGAAUAGUAAAUAUUCCCUCUGUCCCUCAACCGAUAUAUCCUACGCCCCAAUCACCACAAUACAAUGCAAACUAUCCAUCCCCGCAACCGGCGCAUCCCCAAAAACCGGGAGUUGUAAAUAUUCCACAGCCACAGCCAGUUUACCCAACACCUCAACCACCUGUUUACGAUGUCAACUACCCAACAACGCCAGUGCCACAACAACCCGGGGUUGUGAACAUUCCUUCGGCACCUCGACCAGUGCCCCCGACAUCUCAGAGACCUGUGUUUAUUACGUCGCCAGGAAACCCAGCGCCCACACCGCUACCUGGAGUUAUUAACAUUCCGUCAGUGUCACAACCUGGAUAUCCAACGCCACAAAGCCCUGUUUAUGAUACAAACUAUCCUACUGCUCAAAGUCCUAUUCCCCAACAUCCUGGCGUAGUUAACAUUCCAUCGGUGCCAACUCCAACAUACCCUGCUCCAAAUCCACCGGUGAACUAUCCAACGCCACCAUCAUCUCAUAUACCAGUCCAACCGGGAGUUAUCAAUAUACCGUCUGCGCCGCAUCCAACAGCACCACCACAACAUCCUACCGUUUUUAUUCCGUCCCCUGAGAGCCCGUCACCAGCUCCAAAGCCUGGUGUAAUUAAUAUUCCGUCCGAAGCGCAACCAGAACACCCAACACCAGAGGUUCCUGUUUAUGACGUGAAUUAUUCAACAACACCGUCUCCUAUUCCUCAAAAGCCUGGAGUAAUAAAUAUUCCUUCAGCACCGCAACCAGUGCAUCCUGCACCCAAUCCACCAAUCCACGAUUUUAAUUAUCCCACUACGCCAGCAGUUCCUCACCAGCCAGGUGUUCUGAAUAUACCAUCAUACCCAAGGCCAGAGGCACCAACACCUCAGCCCCCUAUAUACAUACCAUCCCAGGAGCAACCGAAACCAACACCCGGACCGGCAGUUAUAAAUGUACCUUCAGCACCACAACCUGUGUAUCCUACACCACAGGCCCCUGUUUACGACGUUAACUAUCCAACAUCUCCAUCUGCAAUACCACACAAACCUGGAGUAGUUAACAUUCCAUCGGUGCCACUCCCAACGCCUCCAAUUACGCAACGUCCCGUGUUUGUACCAUCACCUGUAUACACGACUCCCGCUCCUCAACCAGGUGUUGUUAAUAUACCUUCAGUCGCACAGCCAGUGCAACCAACGUAUCAACCUCCGGUUGUCGAACGCCCUGCUAUAUAUGACGUGUACUACCCGCCGCCGCCUUCCAGGCCGGGUGUGAUCAAUAUUCCAUCGCCCCCAAGGCCCGUUUACCCAGUGCCCCAGCAACCGAUCUACGUUCCGGCGCCAGUUCUACAUAUACCAGCUCCAAGACCAGUCAUUCAUAACAUUCCAUCAGUACCUCAACCAACAUAUCCACAUCGGAAUCCACCGAUUCAGGAUAUUACUUAUCCAGCUCCACAACCAAAUCCUCCCGUACCAGGAAUAGUAAAUAUUCCAUCACCGCCUCAAGCCGUAUCACCCACUCCUGGUGUGAUAAAUAUUCCCUCGCAAGCAUCACCGCCGAUCACUCCUUCCUUACCUGGAAUUAUUAAUAUUCCUUCAGUGCCUCAACCGUUCCCAGCGCCAACUCCUGGUGUGAUCAAUAUUCCGCAGCAACCAACGCCACCAUCUGUGGUUCAGCAGCCCGGAAUUAUAAACAUUCCGUCGGUACCACAACCAACUACUCCUACCACUCACCAUCCGAUACAGGUUGUUCAAUAUGAAACACAAACACCACAGCCUACGCCUGGGGUAAUCAACAUUCCAUCUGUGCCACAACCUACGUAUCCAACUCAAAAGCCAUCUUACCAGGUCCCAACUGUACAGCCAAAUCCUCCGGUACCUGGAAUUAUUAAUAUUCCCUCGGUGCCCCAGCCAGUGCCAUCAGCAACUCCUGGAGUGAUCAAUUUGCCCUCAGAGCCAUCUUAUCCGGCACCAAUCCCAAAACCUGGAAUCAUCAAUAUUCCCUCAAUACCGCAACCUAUACCAUCAGCACCACAAAAUCCGGUGCAAGAGGUUUAUCACGAUACUCAGAAGCCACAAGCAAUUCCGGGUGUGGUUAACGUUCCAUCUGUUCCGCAGCCAACUCCAGAUCGCCCAAAUUAUGAUGUGGCAAAGCCUGAUUUCGAGUUCAACCCAUGCUAUCCAUCGCCUUGUGGUCCCUACUCUCAUUGUCACAAUCGAUUUGGAGUAGCUGCCUGUGGUUGCCUACCAAAUUACAAAGGAACUCCGCCGAAUUGCCGACCAGAAUGCGUAAUUAAUUCGGAUUGUCCAUCAGCUUUGGCCUGCAUCAAUGAAAAGUGCAGAGAUCCUUGCCCAGGAUCCUGUGCUUACAAUGCCGUGUGCCGUGUGCAUGAACAUGUGCCUAAUUGUUACUGCCAGACUGGCUACACCGGAAAUCCAUUUAUUUCCUGCCAACGUACACCUAUAGCCCCCGUUCAACGUGAGCCCACUGAGACGAAGGAUCCAUGCUAUCCAUCUAUUUGCGGACCAAACGCUGUGUGCAAUAAUGGACAGUGCAGCUGCAUACCUGAAUAUCGAGGAGAUCCCUAUGUUGGAUGUAGGCCGGAAUGUGUUCUCAAUACAGACUGUGCCAGGGAUAAGGCUUGCAUUCAACAAAAGUGCAAAGAUCCGUGUCCGGGCAUUUGCGGAUUACAGGCCUUGUGUCAUGUGUACAACCAUGUGGCCACCUGCACCUGUCCGGAAGGAAUGCAGGGCGAUGCCUUUGUGAGAUGUGACCCCAAACCCAAGGCUCAACCGCCAGCGCCAGCACCACCUACAACCUUGCCGGUCAUCGUACCGCAACGUGCUCCGAUUAAUCCCUGCCAGCCCACUCCCUGUGGACCCAAUUCCCAGUGCAGAGCUUACCAUGAGCAGGCGAUUUGCUACUGCCUGCCAAAUUUCAUUGGCACGCCACCAGGCUGUCGUCCAGAGUGUACCUCCAACUCAGACUGUCCCCUUGACAAAUAUUGUCUGAAUCUUAGGUGUCGCGAUCCAUGUCCCGGGGCGUGUGGCAUUCGUGCCAUUUGUCAUGUCCAGAACCACGGUCCCUUGUGCGUGUGUCCACCCUAUUUGACGGGUAAUCCCCUGCUGGCCUGUCAACCCAUAGUUAUUCCCCCUGUAGAGCGCGAUGAAGUGAAUCCCUGCCAGCCCUCGCCCUGUGGCCCGAACUCCGAGUGCCAAGCCACGUCCGGCGGAGCUCGCUGCUCCUGCUUACCCCAGUAUCACGGCACCCCGCCCUUCUGUCGGCCGGAGUGCGUGAACAGCGCUGAUUGUCCGGCGGACAAGGCGUGCCGAAACUACAAGUGCAUUGAUCCCUGCCCUGGCAGCUGUGGUUACUCAGCUCUCUGUCGUGUGGUGGCCCACAGUCCCGUGUGCUAUUGUCCCGAAAGCUAUGUAGGCAAUGCCUACAGCCUUUGCACUCGACCCGAGCCGAGUCCACCUGCCGUGGUGAUCCUGCCUUGCAAUCCCAGUCCCUGUGGCGUAAACGCAUUCUGCCAGCCGCACAACGACUUGAGCGUUUGCCAAUGCCUGCCGGGUUACUAUGGCGAUCCCUCUAAAAUUUGCCGACCCGAAUGCACCGUCAACUCGGACUGUCCAAGCCACAGGGCUUGUAUGAGCGAAAAGUGUCGCGAUCCCUGUCCCGGAGUUUGUGGCCCUAAUGCCCUCUGUCAGGUUAUUAACCACAACCCAGUGUGCGAGUGCCUCACGGGUCAUGUGGGCAAUCCCUAUCACAGCUGUCGCAUACCACAGCGUGAACCCCCUGCACCGGAAUAUGUGAACCCCUGUCAGCCAUCGCCAUGCGGUGCUAAUUCCCAGUGUCGUGAGGCACAGGGACAGGCUAUCUGCUCCUGCCUGCCGGAGUUUGUGGGCACACCGCCCUCGUGUCGUCCGGAAUGUGUGAUCAGCGCUGAGUGUCCGGCGGAUAGGGCGUGCAUCAACCAGAAGUGCCAGGACCCUUGUCCGGGAGCAUGUGGCUUGAAUGCCCAGUGCCAUGUACGCAAUCACAGUCCGCUGUGCUCGUGUCAGCCCGGGUUCACCGGAGAUGCUCUGACCCGCUGUCUGCCAGUACCGCCUCCACAGCCACCGAAAUCGAAUGAUAUCCGCGAUCCUUGCGUACCAUCACCUUGUGGACCCUACUCUCAAUGCCGGGUGGUUAAUGGCGGAGCUAGUUGCAGCUGCCUGCCCAAUUAUGUGGGAGCGGCCCCCAACUGCCGUCCGGAAUGUACCAUCAAUGCGGAGUGUCCCAGUAAUUUGGCCUGCAUCAACGAGAAGUGUCGCGAUCCAUGUCCAGGAGCCUGUGGCUUUGCUGCUCAGUGCAGUGUCAUCAACCAUACGCCCAGUUGUUCGUGUCCCUCGGGUUACACGGGAGAUCCGUUCACCAGCUGCCGACUUCUGCCGCCACCACCGCCCCCACAGACUCCCUCUGAUCCCUGCCAGCCUUCGCCCUGCGGAGCCAAUGCUCUGUGCAACAAUGGCCAGUGCUCAUGCCUGCCAGAGUAUCAUGGUGAUCCCUACACUGGAUGUCGUCCCGAAUGUGUUUUGAACUCGGAUUGUCCCAGGAAUAGGGCGUGUGUCAACCAAAAGUGCGUUGAUCCUUGUCCAGGCCACUGUGGCCUCAAUGCUCUCUGCGAUGCCGUUAACCACAUCGCCAUGUGUCACUGCCCCGAGCGGAUGACGGGCAAUGCGUUCGUCUCCUGUCAGCCAAUUCGCGAAGAUCCACCAACAAUUACACCCAAUCCAUGCCAGCCCUCGCCGUGCGGAACUAAUGCCCAGUGCCUAGAGAGGAAUGGCAACGCCAUCUGUUCUUGCCUAGCCGGAUACUUUGGUCAGCCGCCCAACUGCCGAUUAGAGUGCUACUCCAGCUCCGAUUGCUCCCAAGUGCACACCUGUAUUAACAACAAGUGCGUGGACCCGUGCCCGGGCAAAUGUGGUCUAAAUGCAGUGUGCCAGGCGAUCCAGCACAGAGCCCAUUGCGAGUGCAUCCCGAGAUACACAGGAAAUGCCUUUGUUCGGUGCAACCCCAUUCCAGUUCCCAUACUACCAGAACCAGUCCGCGAUCCUUGCCAACCCUCGCCCUGUGGUCCCAACUCGCAGUGCACGAAUGUAAAUAGCCAAGCGGAGUGUCGCUGUCUGCAGGAGUUCCAGGGUACCCCGCCAAACUGCCGACCGGAGUGUGUGAGCCACGAUGAGUGUGCCAACACCCUGGCCUGCAUGAACCAGAAGUGCCGUGAUCCCUGCCCCGGAAGCUGUGGCCAAGGUGCCCAGUGUACGGUCAGCCUUCACAUACCGAACUGUCAGUGCCCCGUGGGCAUGACUGGUGAUCCAUUCCGAAUUUGUCUGCCAAAACCACGUGACGAACCAAAGCCACCACCAACUCCCAAGAAUCCUUGCUACCCUUCGCCUUGCGGUACCAAUGCAGUGUGCCGCGUUCAAGGAGAGAACUACGUCUGCGAAUGCAGUCAACUGGAGUACAUCGGCAAUCCCUACGAGGGUUGUCGCCCCGAAUGUGUGGGCAACUCCGAGUGUCCGGCCAAUCAGGCUUGCAUCCGCAGCAAGUGCCAGGAUCCUUGUCCAGGAGUUUGUGGACUGGAGGCCAUUUGCACCAUGAACAACCACAUACCGAUCUGCUCCUGCCCGCCGGGCUACACAGGCAACGCAUUUGCACAAUGCACCCGUCAGCUAACACCACCCCCUCCGUCGGACCCUUGUUAUCCGUCCCCAUGCGGACCCAAUUCGAUUUGCAGGAUUCAGAACGAGAAGUCCGUGUGCGAGUGCCGGCCCGGAUUCUUCGGGAAUCCGCUGGCCCAGGGAUGUCGCCCUGAAUGCACCCUCAGUUCUGACUGCGCCAAGGAUCGGGCUUGCAUCAACUCCAAGUGCGUGGAUGCCUGCGUGGGAGAGUGUGGAUUCGGAGCUGUUUGCCAAACGAUCAACCACAGCCCGGUGUGUAGUUGCCCUGCCAACAUGGUGGGCAAUCCGUUCGUCCAGUGCGAGGAACCACGCCAGGCUGAACCUAUCGAUCCCUGCCAGCCUUCCCCGUGCCGAAGCAAUGGAAUCUGUCGUGUUUACAAUGGAGCUGCCACCUGCAGUUAUCCGGAGUGUGUUAUUAACGAGGAUUGUUCCCGGGAUAGGGCGUGCGUUAGCCAAAAGUGCCGCGACCCUUGCCUGAAUGCCUGUGGCAUCAAUGCCAUCUGUCGGGCCAUCAACCACAAGGCUGUGUGCAGUUGCCCACCAGAGUUCUACGGAUCUCCGUACGCUCAGUGUGUCAGACAGAUACCGGAGCCACAGCCCAAACCGGAAUGCAUCAAUGACGGUGAUUGCACCAAUGACAAGGCGUGCAUCAACCAAGUUUGCCGCAAUCCAUGCGAGCAAUCGAACAUCUGCGCCCCACAGGCACGCUGCCAUGUUCAGCUCCACCGGCCAUUGUGCGUCUGCAAUGAGGGAUAUACUGGAAACGCCUUGCAAAACUGCUACCUUCUGGGAUGCCGAUCGGAUGGUGAAUGUGCCGCCAAUGAGGCUUGUGUUAACCAGCAGUGCGUGGAUCCUUGUGGUUUCACACAGUGCGGAACGGGAGCCAUCUGUCGGGCUGACUUUAACCACCGAGCUAGAUGCCAUUGCCUGGACGGCUACCGCGGCAAUCCUCUGGUGCGCUGCGAACGUCCAGAGUGCCGAUCCGAUGACGAAUGUGCGUUCCACUUGGCCUGCCGUAAUGAGCGCUGCGAAGACCCGUGCAACUGCGGCAUUGGAGCCCAGUGCCGCGUGGAGAACCACCGUGCCCAGUGCCGUUGUCCAGCUGGCUUCAGUGGCAAUCCGGCCGUAAGAUGUGAUCUUGUGCCAACACAGUCGGAGGGCUGCACCAUGGAUGCGGAGUGUCCCAGCAAACUGGCCUGCUUUGGCGGCGAGUGCAAGAACCCGUGCGAUGUCACGCAUCCAUGUGGCGCCAAUGCCAUCUGCGAGGUGGUCGACACUCUGCCUCUGCGCACCAUGAUGUGCAGCUGCUUACCUGGCUAUGUGGGUGAAGCCGACAUCGGAUGUCACAAAGAACCCCCGCGAGAUCAGGGCUGUACGUCACAUGAUCAGUGCCAGGAUACGGAAGCCUGUCGUGGCGGCAACUGUGUCAAUCCCUGCUUGGAUGCCUCGCCUUGUGCUCGAAGCGCCCAGUGUUUGGCCCAACAGCAUCGCGCCAUUUGCAGCUGUCCUGAAAGGACACAGGGAGAUCCAUUCACCAACUGCUACGAGCCACCUGAAAUCAAGACUGGCUGCACCCACGAUUCGGAAUGCCAGCCGACCACGGCCUGCAUCAAUAAACGCUGCCAGGAUCCUUGUGCCGAGGCCAAUCCAUGUGCCGGAAAUGCCGAGUGUCGCGUGCAGAACUCCCGACCGAUUUGCUUCUGUCCAGCUGGUUGGGGUGGUGACCCACAAGUGCAAUGCUACAAACCCGAAUGCAAGAUCAACGCCGACUGUCCAUAUGACAAGACCUGCUUGAACGAAAACUGCGUGGAUCCAUGCACUCAUAGCCAAGUGCGUUGCGGCAACGGGGCCCAGUGCCUGGCUCAAAACCACCAAGCUGUGUGUAUCUGCCCAACCGGAACUCAGGGAAAUCCCUUCAUCUCCUGCAUCACUGGACACUGCCAGUACAACGAGGAUUGUGCGGACCACGAAGCCUGCGAUCGAUUGAAUCGCGUUUGCCGACCCGUUUGCGAUCAGGAGACUUGUGCCCUAAACGCCAUCUGUGUGGGUCGUCGCCAUCAGCCUCUGUGCGAGUGCCGACCCGGAUACCAGGGCAAUCCACAUGUGCAGUGCGAUAUACCGGUGAAGACGCCCAAGCCUCAGUGCAUUCAGGAUGCCGACUGUCCAUCAAAAUUGGCUUGCAUAAAUGAGCGCUGCGCAGAUCCUUGCGCCAUGCCCCAUGUUUGUACUCCGCAGCAGACUUGUACAGUCUUGGAUACCCUUCCAAAGCGAGCAAUGGCGUGCAAGUGCCCCGGCGAUACAGUGACGGAUAUCUCACGCAACUGCGUGCCUAUCACUGUACCCAAGGUCAUCACCGGCUGUCAGCACAACUCUGAGUGCGCCAAUACUGAGGGCUGUUUGAAUGGAAACUGCCUGGAUGCCUGCCGACUGGAGAGAUGUGGCGUCAAUGCCCAGUGUACAGCUCGGGAUCACUAUGCUCAGUGCAACUGCCCUAAGGGCUUCCAAGGCAAUCCCCGCAUCGAAUGCUACACUACGGAAGUUGAUGUAUUACGAAUCCCCAAUCCUGUCUGCUCCCGCAACGACGACUGUCCCAGGGAUCAGAUUUGUCGCAACGAGAUUUGCGUCAGUCCGUGUGCCGCAGAUGACUGUGGAAUUGGAGCCUACUGCCAUGUGCAGCAGCGAAAGGCCAUCUGCCGCUGUCCACCUGGUUAUUCCGGUAACCCACAAGACCGCUGCCUGCCACCUUCAGAUGUGAUCCUGGUGGGCUGCAAGUCUAGCACCGACUGUCCCUCGAACGAGGCCUGCAUCAACACCCAGUGCGUCAGUCCUUGCAACUGUGGACCGAAUGCCGAGUGCACGGUGAAGAACCACCAUCCGAUCUGCUACUGCAAGCCCGGAUUCUCCGGAAACGCCCAGUUUGGAUGUGCACCUAUUGGCUGCCAGUCGGAUGAUGAGUGCAGCGCUGACAAGCAGUGUGUGAAUCGCGAGUGUAUCAAUCCCUGCCUGACCAGCGAUCCGUGUGCCCUUAAUGCCGAGUGCUACGGGCGUAACCAUCGCGCCAAUUGCCGCUGUCCCGUGGGAUUGGAGGGUGAUCCGUUUGUGCGUUGUUUGCGCUUGGAAUGCCACUCAGACUAUGACUGCGCAUCGAACUUGGCUUGCGUAUCAAACGAAUGUGUUAGCCCAUGUGGUCAACGUAAUCCUUGCGCCCAGAAUGCCAUUUGCCAGGCUCUGCAGCAUCGCGCUGUUUGCCGUUGUCCGGAUCAGUUGCCAUUGGGUAACCCGCAUGCCUAUUGUGAACCCAGACCUGUGGAGCCCGUCUGCCGGGAUGACGGAGAUUGCCCAAGUAAGCUGGCCUGCAUCGAUGACAAGUGUCAAAAUCCUUGCGCUGUGCUCUCGCCAUGCCAUCAAACUGCUCAGUGCAGUGUCCUAAAUAGCGUUCCAGUGAGAACAAUGGUUUGUGAGUGUGCAGAGUAUGAGGUGCCCGAUGCCAGUGGAGCGUGCAAAAAGAUGGUACCGCCCAGGCAACCAGGCUGCGAGAGCGACCAGGACUGUCCCGACCAAGAGGCCUGCAUACACGCGCAGUGCCGCAAUCCAUGCAACUGUGGAACUAACGCCGUCUGUCAAGUGACUCAACAUCGCGCCGUGUGCAGUUGCCAGGACGGAUUUGAGGGUAAUCCCUAUGCCUCCUGUCGCUCUAUUGGAUGUCGCGUUGACGGUGAGUGCGAUUCGGGUAAGGCCUGCAUCAACGGCGACUGCAUCAACCCAUGCCUGAUCAACGAUCCAUGUGGACCCAACGCCGAGUGCUAUGUGCAAUCGAACCGUGCCCAGUGCCGCUGCCUGAGUGGCUAUCGAGGAAAUCCCUACGAGCGUUGUCGUGUCAUUGGCUGCAGCAGCAACAACGACUGUCCCACGGACAAGACCUGCCAGAACGAACAAUGCGUGAAUCCGUGCGUCUACCACAACCCUUGUGCCCCGCGAGCGGAAUGCAGGGCUCAGAACCAUCUGGCCGUGUGCCGCUGUCCUGCCGAUUUCCUGGGUAAUCCAUACGUGGACUGCCGACCGCCGCCACAGCCCAUCUGCCAGUUGGAUACCGAUUGUCCAGGUCGCCGGGCCUGCAUCAACGAACAGUGCGUGGAUCCAUGCGUUGUAUUGGAGCCUUGCCAACGGCCUGCCAUCUGCGAGGUAACUCCCACAUCACCGGUGCGUACGAUGCUCUGUAUCUGUCCGGAUGGCUAUGUCAGCAGAGGUAGUGGAGGCUGCAAGCCCACGCAAGGAAUCAAGGAGGUUGGAGGGUGCAUCUCGGACUCUGAUUGUCCGGCAGAUAAGUCCUGCUUGAACAGCGUCUGCCGAGAUCCUUGCAACUGUGGCUUGAAUGCCGAAUGCCGUAUUAAGGACCAUAAACCCGUAUGCACUUGUCGCCAAGGAUUCGAAGGAAACCCAGAGUUUGAGUGCUCCAAGAUAGAGUGCAGUAUCAACUCAGAUUGCCCGGGAACGCACUUGUGCCGCAACCAGCUCUGCAUCCCUGCCUGCCAGGGUGAGCAGUGUGGAUCCAAUGCCCAGUGCCUGGCUAUCGAGCAUCGUGCGGUUUGCGAGUGCAUGCCAGGACAUGGUGGAAACGCCAGGAUUGCUUGUACUCCGUUAGGAUGUCGCUCAGACGACGAAUGUCCAACAGACAAGGCGUGCGUCAACGGCAAAUGUAAUGAUCCUUGUACAACAACUGCUUUAUGUGCCCAGGACGAGCUUUGCAAGGUGUAUCAUCACCGACCACAGUGCGCCUGUCCACCAGGAACCGUGCCCGGAAAGAAUGGCUGCGAAUCGGAGCGACACAUUCCCAUUUGCAUAAGCGAUGCGGACUGUCCCAGCCAGAAAGCAUGCCUGCGCGGAGAAUGUGUGAAUCCGUGCAAUGCCACCCAACCAUGCGGAGUCAAUGCCUUCUGCAGUGUCCGUGAUACCUUGCCUGUUAGGACAAUGAUCUGUGAGUGCCUUGAAGGCUACACUGGCAACCCAGCCGUGCAAUGCGACAAGCGUUCGCUGUGCGUCAUCGAGAAGGGCUUCGUUCGGGAUGUGGAUGGACAAUGUGUUUGCCCACCAGGAACCGCUUUGGAUAUCUACGAAUACUGCACCCCAUGCCGAGAGGAGCAAGGCUUCCGCAUCGACCAGAAUGGACAUUGUGUGUGCGCUUUGGAGCGUGGAAUGGUGAUCGACGAGCGUGGCCGUUGCACUUGUCCCAUUGAUCUGGGCUACCGUCUGACUCCACGUGGCGAAUGCCAGCCGGAGGAGCCGCCAGAGUGCACGAGCAAUGAUCAGUGCGCCGACAACCGUUUCUGCAACUUAGACACCAAGACCUGUGAGGAUCCCUGUCUGACCAAGGUGUGCGGAGUGAAUGCCUUCUGUAACGCGGUGAAUCACCGAGCCCAGUGCCAGUGCAUCACUGGUUACACCGGCAAUCCGGAGCUGCACUGCAACCACACUAACUUCCGCACCGACUUCCCACGACCCGAUAUGGUCGUCAGUUGUCUCGCCGAUGGAGUUCAAGUAGAGAUCCACAUCACGGAGCCAGGAUUCAAUGGAGUACUGUACGUUAAGGGUCACAGCAAGGACGAGGAGUGCCGUCGGGUGGUCAACCUGGCUGGCGAGACUGUUCCCCGUACCGAGAUCUUCCGCGUUCACUUUGGUAGCUGCGGCAUGCAGGCAGUAAAGGAUGUGGCUAGUUUCGUGCUGGUCAUCCAGAAACAUCCCAAGCUGGUCACCUACAAGGCGCAGGCCUACAACAUCAAGUGUGUCUACCAGACUGGCGAGAAGAAUGUUACUCUAGGAUUCAACGUAUCCAUGCUGACGACUGCCGGAACAAUUGCCAACACAGGACCACCGCCGAUCUGCCAGAUGCGCAUCAUCACCAACGAAGGCGAAGAGAUCAACUCUGCUGAGAUCGGCGAUAAUCUCAAGCUGCAAGUGGAUGUGGAGCCAGCCACCAUUUAUGGAGGCUUUGCCCGCUCUUGUAUUGCCAAAACCAUGGAGGACAAUGUGCAGAACGAGUAUCUGGUCACUGAUGAGAAUGGCUGUGCCACGGAUACCAGUAUCUUUGGAAACUGGGAGUACAACCCGGACACGAACAGCCUGCUGGCCAGUUUCAAUGCCUUCAAGUUCCCAUCGAGCGAUAACAUCCGCUUCCAGUGCAACAUACGAGUCUGCUUUGGACGCUGUCAACCCGUCAAUUGUGGUGGCUACAACGCCUUCGGGCGACGUCGCCGCUCCAUUGCGGACAACUCCACCGAUGCGACCGCCAUUGCCACGAAUUCGGGUGUGGAGGGUCAACUGCGCGAAGAGAUCACAAUCUCGUCAAAUGCCAUUUUGACAUUCGAGAAGCGCAGCGGUCAAGGUCUUAAUGAUGCCAACAUAAAACCGGCGGCUCAAAGGGUCGAGGAUAUCUGCGUGUCUAUGGUGGGAUUAAUCAUUGCGCUGGUCAUCACGGCUCUGCUGGCUCUUGUGGCCGUUGCCGUGGCUGUUUCCUGCUGGCUGAUGGCCUACAGGAGGAGGCCGAAGACCAUUGCGCCCCUCCCCCAUCCGCCAGAGUUCCCCAACCCGCUGUUCUCCAAUCCGGACGCAGUGCCCGAGCCAACGCCGGAUUACAUCUCCUAAAUGUAACGUAACAAUACAAUGAUACACAACACCUAGCUAUAUCUUUAGUAUGUAAGAAAAUCGAAUGAAAAUGAAAAAGAAAACUUUGUGAAUAUUUGAAAGGCAAGUGCAAAAGGUUAUGAAUAAUGCAAAACAGAUCAAAUCGCGAAAGAUAAUCAAGAUUGAAGAUUGAAGAAAAGAAAAACAAAAGUACAGUUGUGAGCUGAAAGAAUAGUCGGCUCUGUUGGCCGUAAAACGAAACUAUGAAUGAUUGAAUUAUUGUAAAAAGCAAAAAUGACGAAGCGAGAAUCGCACGAAGAAAGCACGAAAGUAAUUUAGUAGCUUAAGAAAAUAAUUUUAUUAAUUGUAAUAACGAUUAGUAUUCUCCUUCCUACUAACAUGAGAAUUCCGCGUAGUGUUUGUACGUUUAGCUGCCACAUAGAGACCACCAACUGCCAAACAGAUGUGAGGGAAUUUACCCAUAGAGAGUACAGCUACAAACGAAUUCUCGUCCUCUAACGACAACUUCUUCAUUAGUCGAGAACCAAUAUUAAUUCUGUUAUAUAUGUAUAACUAAAGACUUCCUAUAAAUAUUUAGGGUGUGGGUAGUAGCAACGACACUUUGUAUUAUAGCACAGACACACGCACACACAACUGCAACUACUUCCUGUAAUUUAGAUACCAACUCAACUAGCCCGUUAAAAUUGAAAACUGCCUUUGAUUUCCAACAAGAAAAAACGAACAAUGCACCCCAGAAUACUCUCUAGCAUAAUAUAUGUAAGAGAUCGUUGUGCCUCGGUCGAUAAGAUACUAUUUCGCGUCUAUCAUCCAUAACCACUGGACAAUAUGCCAACGAUUGUCCCAGUUGGAUUGUAGGCAAGCUCAAGAGUCCAAAACACACACACACACACACACGAACACGAACCUCGAAGAAAUCAGACCACUCUAAGCAGCUUAUAGACGUGGGAACAGUUUCAUCUGGAUCUAGGCACCAACUCGUUGAGGGAACAUAACUAUAACUGCCACUGAGGCGUCGUCAGCGCACAAAAGAUACUUAUCUAUUGCAUAGGAAAUACUAGGUUUGUUUUAAUUUUAAUCGCAACACCGACUAAUGGAGGAUUUGAUUUUGACCACUGUCCCUCGACCCCUUGUACUACACUCUACUAUGAUUAACCAUUAUUUUUGUAGUUUUAUAGUCAAUUAAUAUUAAAUUGUUGUGAUUGUUUUUAAUGCAAAAGAGAUACUUCCACUAACUUACUAAUAUGUAGAGACAAAAGUACAGAGCGUACUUAAAAAGGCAACGAACCAGCGUCCCGCCCCUGCCCCUGACCCGCCCCCCUUCCGUUCUCCGUCGGGAACAGCACGCCUCUGUCAACGCGCCGGAAACUAUGCAGCGAAUUUCCGUUUCCGGCGCCCGUUUCACGGAGCAUGUCUUUUUCCGAUGCGAUGAUAGCCGGGGGGGUCGCGGUUUCGCGGGUUCGGGCCUGGAUAAUUAAAUUAUUAAACAUGAAGUUUUAAAUUAAUAUUAUUAAACGUAAACAAAAUGUAUAGUCACUACUUUAAGAGGAAAGAGAAUUUUCUUUAUAGUAAAAUACCAUACAAAAUAAACUCGCACUCAGACACGUACACAAAGAGACAGAAUUUGUAAAUAAUACACAGGCAAACUCUAUGGUAUUUUUAGUAGCGCAUUAUUGUGUAUAGGUUUCAGCACCUUGACCCCCAAAUCCGAACUAAAUCACAGGCUAAUCCUAACCCAUGCCAGGCAUAAAAUUAUUUUCUUAAUUCCAUAGCCAAUAGAAUGUACAAGCAAGUGCACAAAUUUGCAACCGCCUCGUUCACAAUUACCACACACUUUUAUUUUUCUUCACAAGAACCGCUUCAAAAUCGGACCCAAAAUAGAGUUACAUUGAAUAUAGACAAAACUUUUUGCACUGGCAGCAAAUAUACUCGUAAAUGAGAAAAUAAUAAGGAAUAAGAGUGGCUCUUAUUGUAAAAAGAAAGCAAUAGUUAAAUUGUACUUAUAAAACGUGUAUUUAAUAACGAGAAACGAACAUAAUUGUAAUCGCUUAUUGUAAACUAAUAAAUAAAUAAAUAAAAAUAAAUCAACAUGA